UGACUAUUCCUGAUUCUUUACCUCUGUAUUUUAUCAGUAUCUAGCUGUAAAUGCUAAGAGCUAUUCUAUGUCACACGUCUGAAACGCUUCCCACUGAUAUUUGAGGAGAGGAGGACAGCUGGAUGAGACCUAUAUUUACCACAGUCCCUCAAUGUUUCAGUACCCGUAUGUCUGGGCACUAUGUCUAAAAUUACUUUUGGAUUUUCAAGCCUCUGAUCUUGAAACACAGCUCUGACUCUCCUGUAUGUGAAUUAGCACAGAAUCUAGAUCUGAAGGUAAAUAACUGGAUAAUAUAUCUUAAACUUAUUUUCUAUAUUUUUAUUAAGUAAUUGUAUUCCUUAUAUUUUAAUGUGUAGCCACAGAGUCUAAAUAUGUGUGUGAUAUGUGCCUACAUUCCAAAAUCUAUUGGUAUAUAUAGUUUGGUUUGGUGUUCCAUUUUGUUAAUACUGCAUGCAGUACUCCUGAAAAUUUGGAUAUAUUCAUAUUACAUUUUAUUACUAUCACUAGCUAAAAAGCCAGCGUUUCUUCAUAAUAAGAGCUGUUUGUUAAUAAAUAAAGCACAACGAGGGUCAUGUGUACAGUGUAAUUCCAUACCUCCCAGCAUUUCAAAUGUACAUAGAGGGACACUUUCAUUUUAGGGGUGUGAAUGGGAGUGUGGAGGGGCGGGGCUGUACUGAGAAGUUUUAGGUGACUUACUAAUUGCAACUAAAAUGUAAUUGAGAACAAGAAAAAGUAUCUUAUUAUACAGAUUUAUUUCUAAACACAUUUAUUGUAAUUUAAAGACACAUUACUGUGAGUAUUAUUGCUGUAAAGCUGUUAUACACUCAGACACACCAACAAUAUGGAGCUCCUAGAAAAGAGACUAUGGGAUAGAAAAGAGGGACAGAGGGAAUUGGACCAAAAAAUAGGGAUUGACUCUCCUAUAUGGGAACACUUGGGAUAUAUGUUACUCUGGUGCAAAGUUCUAAAUGUGGGACAAUCAGCAGGAACAUCCAUGGUCGUCAUGGUAAUAACUUCACUUUUUGAAAUUUGCUCCAGAAUUGCAUCUUCAUACAUAACCUCCUAAAGACCUCAAAUAAAAUGAGUGAAGAUAGAAAAUUAUUUCUUUAACAUAUUUUCUUUCAAAUACAAUGAUGGGUUUGUGCACAAAAUGUACAAAAUAAUUGCAUACAAUUACAUGUUUUUCACUAAAUACCAAAUUGUGAAAUUAAAACUGUAUUACAAAUUUUAUAAAAAAAAGAGCUGAACUGGAAGAAACGUUCCAACUCGGCUAUAAUCACAGCUUGGUAAGUUUAGAUAGAAUUUUGCCAUAUGAUUAUUAAUCCACUACAAUUCUGUUUAGUUAAAGGGACACUAUAGUCACCAGAACAACUACAGCUUAUUGUAUUUGUUCUGGUGAAUAAAAUUAGUUCCUUCAGGCUUUUUGCAGUAAACAAUGUCUUUUCAGAGAAAAGGCCAUGUUUACAUUAUAGCCUAGGGUUAACUCCACUGGCCCCUUCUCAGUUGGCUACUAGAAGUGCUUCCUGGGGCAGUGCUGCAAACUGUGCAGUACUGUCAUUCAGUGUCUCCACCCUCUGCAUAGAGACACUGAGCUUUUAUCAUAGAGCUGCAUUGAUGCAAUGCAUUUCUAUGAGAUUCUGCUAAUUGGCCAGUGCUGAGUUUGGCUUGUGCUGGCUCUGCCCUGAUCUGCCUCCUUGACAAGCACAGCCAAUCCAAUGCUUUCCUAUGUGAAAGCAUUGUGAUUGGCUCAGAACACCACUUUUGAUGUCAGCCAAGCAGGCAGAUUUGGAGCAGAGCCAGCAGCAGCAGACUGGAAUAAAGGUAAGAGUUUGCAAUAUUUAAGAGGGCAUGGGGCUCAGGGGGGCUAGAUGGUGGUUUUAACACUAUAAGGUCAGUAAUAGAUUUGUGUUCCUGACCCUAUAUUGUUACUUUAAUGUGUUAAAGUGGCCAAACAAACAAGAUCCAUUAGACCAUUUUUCAAGUUCAAAACAUAUUGCAGGUUGCAUAAAAUCAUAAAAUAUUUAAUGGUAGCACUAUAGAUCCAGAACGGAAGCAAUGUUGGGAACUUUAAAGCACUCUAUGAAGCGUUUUAUUUCAUAUUGUAGGUAUUCUUCAGUAGUUUCUUUCUUUUAGUAGAUGCAUUCAGUGAACUGGGAGCUUUGUUGAGAUGAAAAUUGACAUAUAAAAUAUAGGCCAUUAAAAUCAUCUUAGAAAUAGAGGACAUGUUUUAAGGGACACUCCAGGCACCCAGACCACUUCUGCGCAUUGGAGUGGUCUGGGUGCCAACUCCCAUCACCCUUAACCCUGAAAAUGUAAUUAUUGCAGUAUUUAUAAAUUGCAAUUGUUACCUUGCAGGGUUAAGUCCUCCUCCAUUGGCUGUCUAUCAGACAGACACUAGAGGGACUUCGGGGUUCUUAAAUGAUUUUUUGGUUGCUUAAACGAUGCUUGACGUCCUCACGCUCUGCAUGAGGACCUUCACCGUGGCCAGAAUCCCUAUUAUUGAAUAAUGCUUUCCUAAUACAUGCGCAGCCAUUGCCUCGCAUGCGCAUAGGUCUCGGGAUGAGCGUGGGCGGAGCAUGACCCAGCGCCGAAUGACAUCGGCGCUGGAUUCAGGUAAGUGUCUGAAGGGGUUUUAACCCCCUCAGCAACAUGAGAUGAAGAGCAGGACUUCUAUAGUGCCAGAAAAAUGUGUUUGUUUUCCUGGCACUGGAGAGUCCCUUUAAUUUUGGCCUAAAUUAAAACUCAGGAGUCAAAUCAUCACAACUGACUGUUUAGUGAAUAUAUCACACAUGCAUUAUAACAUUUGCCUUGGCCGUGAACAAAAUAUAGUUCACAUCUAGUACCAUAAGUACUUUAUUAAAACAUCAGCUAUUGUCCUGUCUCUCAAGACUGGGGCCUAUAUACCUAGAAUUCUAUUUAAUUCACUGCAUUACAUAAUCUUCACAGCAGUGAGCUUCUAUAAUGCUGAUAAUUUGCCAAAAGGGCAAAAUUCAGUGUUGAUAUACAAAUGGAAGCUGUAAUUGAGUUAAAACCGCCAUUCCUCUUGUGAUUGGAGCUCUGAUAUGUAAUAUGUGUGACAUACCGACUUCAAUAUUCAAAUAUGUAUUUUAUAGUAUUGUGAAAACCUCUUGAAAAAUGCAUUUUUAAAUCAAUGUAAGCACAUGUAUGCAGUGGUGUAUCCUGGUUUUGUGCUGCCCCACCCGCCCCACCUUCUAACUACACAGACACACACACACAGUCAGACACAAACACACACACAGUCAGACACACACACACACAGUCAGACACAAACACAGUCACACACACAGUCAGACACAAACACAGUCACACACACAGUCAGACACAAACACACACACACACAGUCAGACACAAACAAACACACAGUCAGACACACGCAUACACAAUCACUCACAUUAACACUUUUUUUUUUAUUUAACCCCCCCAGCCUCCUUACCUUUGGGAAUGCUGGGGGGGUGUGGGGUUCUCUCUCUCCCUGGGGGUCCAGUGGCUGCCGGUCGGGCUGAUGGGUUGGCUGCUGGGCGGGCGGGUGGCGAGGGAGCACUUCCUCUGAGCGGUCUGCUCAGCUCCCUCGCGCGCCGCAGAGUGAGGCUUGGAGCUGGAAGAUGACGUCGUAUUCCAGCUCCCAUCGGCGCGCGAGGGAGCUGAGCAGACCGCUCAGAGGAAGAGCUCCUUCGCCAGCCGACCACCAGCCAGCGCCGCCCAGCGCCCAGCAUGUCAGUUAGCCGCAAGGCUAACUAGGCAUUUGCCCUGGGCAUUUGGGGGCGGCGUUUUUUGCCAACCCCUGAAAAAUGCCGCCCAAGGCAAAUGCCUUGUUUGCCUUGCGGCUAAUACGUCCGUGCGCACACAGUCAGACACACACACAAUCACUCAUAUUAACACUUUUUUAAAAUUUUUUAUUUAACCCCCCCCAUCCUCCUUACCUUUGGGAAUGCUGGGGGGGUGUGGGGUUCUCUCUCUCCCUGGGGGUCCAGUGGCUGCCGGUCGGGCUGAUGGGUUGGCUGCUGGGCGGGCGGGGGAGCACUUCCUCUGAGCGGUCUGCUCAGCUCCCUCGCACAUCUUGUUUGCCUCGCGGCUAAUACGUCCGUGCAUGUAUGUGGUUUUAUGUAAUUUCAUUAAAAUGCUUUCAACUGGUCUAAAAUAUAUAGAUACAAUUGCAUUGUUAUUAAUAAGGGCAAGCAUAGUUACAAUAUGACUAUUAGUAUUGCUUUUGUAUUUAUUUUUUUAAUCCUUUUUUUUUUAGCCCAGAGAGAAAUAAACAUAGAACAAUUAUUCUGCAUUUAAUGAUGGAUUCGGAUGUACUUGACACAUCUGAAGUCUUCAGUCCAGAAGAUACUGACACAGUUAACCAUGAAGAGGGGGGACAAUAUGAGAUUGCACAAGAGGACAAUGAACCAGAGCCUGAGGGCCUGACAUUUUAUCACACAGAUCUGUAUGAUUCCCAGGGGAGAUUACAACUAUUUCCUGAAGAUUUUAACCUGCAUCAGGCAGAAGAAAAACUUAAUCAACAAGUGGUUGUAGAAAAAUGGACUUUUAGUACAGAGCAGGCACAAUUAAAUUUACAAAAAGAAGUGGAUGAACUGGCAAAACAAUAUGGACUUUCUGAAGACAAAGAAGAAGAAGAAUUAAUCCAGUUUUUCCCACAAACGACAUUCAAACACCCAGAUCCCUCGUUACCUAAAUCUACAAAUCCCUAUACACAAAAAAUACAGCCAUUUUACAAACAAAACAUAAGCCCUCAUGUCCAAGAUGCUGAACUGAAGGUUAAGAAAGAAGGGCAUUUUCAUGAUGACAAAGAGAUUAAAGAAGAUAGCAAUCUUAAAAAUGAUAGAGAGUCUCUUGACAACAAAAAUGAUGAAAGAAACAUGGAACUGGAAGACAAACAUUUUGAUAACAAGGGAGAACCUCUUCUAGAGCAGGAAGGCGAAGAAUCACAACCUAAACUUGGACACGUUGACUAUGUUGAUGGACAACGAGAAGAUGGACGUAAAGACAGACAACGUGAACAUGAUGAUGAAAACAGCGGAGACCACAAAGGCGAAGAACAAGAAUUUAAGGAAAAUUACUCAGACCAGAAAAGUAAACAUACUGACCAUGAUAAGAACCAAGCUUCCAUGGUCUCCACCGAUGAGAUUAGUGAUGGAAGUGAACUUCCUGAGUCUCCUGAUAUAUUCUGCAUCACAUGUAAAACCCCUGUCAGGGCAUUUGACAAGCUAUUUGGAUUUCACAAAGAUCACGAUGUCACACAAAUAACAGCUGCCGUUGACAACAUCAAGGUUUGACGACUCUAUAUUAUGUAUAUAAAAAUAAUUAUAAUUAUUGCCUAGUAAAAGCAAUAUAAAAAUAAAAGUUUGCAAAAAACAUUAGCAUAUAUUGGAUCUUAAAAACAACAGUUGGCUUUAAACACUUUGUAAUUGUAGUGAAUGAAUAUACCAUCUUACUCUAAUACUAUGGAUUGUUGUUUUUCUAAAUGUAUGAUCUUUAUUGAAGGUUUUUCAAUAUAACAUAACAGAAAAUGCAUCCAGAAAUAAACGGUUAAUUUACAGAAUAUACAACUAAUGUGUGUUAUACAGGCUGCUAUAUACUUCAGUAUUGUGAGAAUGUUGAGCAGUGCUUCAUUUAACUUCCAGGAGCCUCUGAUAGUAUUUGUAUGCUAGCUGAGACCAGUGAUUGUAGCGUAUAAAGAUUUGUCAAACAUAAAUCUAUUCAUGAGUCCUGCUUGUGGCCUGCUGAGUAGUAAGUAAAGUCUUGCUCAUGUGGAUGUUGCUCUGUCCAAAUGUGAUGUAACUGGAAUAUGAUUAAAAGUGCUUGGAACUGACCACUCAACUGCACCUCCCCUGGAGCGGGAUGCUUAUUUGCAAGAUCCUUUUUGUCUAGAGCUUACUUACCUCGUUUAGGCAGUGGGUUAGGAAGUGGGUUUGCCAUGUGUUUGGAAUAUGAACAAAGAGAAGUUCAUUGUUAAGUUAGACCUGUUAGGAGCUAAAAGCACCCUUCUAAACCUUCUAAAUCCCUUGUAAAUAUUCAUAUUUCUGAUUCAUCUGAAAAAUUAUAGCCACAUUGAAAUGAGCUGCAUCUUUAAAGAGGAGGCAUUGUGUGGACUGUUUAGGCCUCUAGCAUUUAGGAACAAAGUCGAGACAGCUGGACAAGAACUGAAAAUCAUGACUGUCCUGAUGAAAUUGGGACGGUUGGUAGGCAUGUAAUUUGGAAUGCUUAUCCAAGAAUAUUAAAUCAGGGCCUUUAUUCGGUCUAGAGUCUGAUCUUCUGGGUAUGUUUAACCCACUUCUGCAAAGGUUAAAGUGUAAAGGUAGGACAAAAUUGGGAGGAUUAGAUGAAAUCAAAGUUCUCGCUUUAGAGGCUCAGUUCUGCUCAGAGCAGAGGUUUCUGGGAAUUGUAGUUACGUUAACAGCACUAAGUUUAAAUAUAUACCAUAUAGAAACUCUGAAAGCAUAAUUAGAAGGUUUAGAAUGUUUAGUUGUACAUCCAAGGGACAAGUACAAAUGUGUUAUAAAGCACUGUAGGUUAGGAAGUAGGGCAAAGAGGGAGCUGUACAAAGGUACUGUAGCCAACAAGAAGGAAGUAUUUAAGAAUGGGAAAUGUUGGACAUGAGAGGCAUGUUUGGAAGAGACAAAUGUUUGGAAGAGGCAGCAAAACAUCCUCUUAUAUAAAAAAUUAUACAGAAAAGCAGAAUUUUAGAUUUAGAACAGUGACUCCCUUAAAUGUAUAAGUAAAAAUGUAACUGAUAUAUAACAAAGUAUGUUAUAUACAUAGAUCUAUUUACAAAUACAUUUAUUGAAGUUUAAAGUCACAUUAAUGUGAGUUUUGUUGUUGUGUAAAUAUAUAUACACUAAUACACAGCACCAACAUAGAGUGCUUAGAAAAAGAGUGACAUUGGGAUAAAAAAGAGUUCAGUUGAUACAUAUAUUGCGAAAAUUUGAUUAACUGAAAUACUAAUAAAUUUCCAUUUGCCCAAUUAACAUACAUUAUUAAGAUUAUUCAAGUUAUAAUUUAAUUUGAUUCUAGGUAAAACUGUUGUUUGGCCUUCAACUCCUCCCUAACCACAAAAAUAAAAAUAUACUGGACAUCCUUUUUCCCAAAUAAAUAAACAGACUAUGUCCUUUGUUAUUCUAUAUGAUGAUUAUUAUUUAAAUGACAAAGAUUAACAUGGUUAAUAUAUCAUGCUAUCUGCUCAAGUAAAAUUAAGCUGAGAAGCACCAUAAAGACCAUUUGAUGAUGUUUGCCAAAGCAUGGGUCUAGUAAUGGCCUAUAUUUUUAAUCUCUGUCUAACAGGAAGAAAUACAUAAGAAUAUGACAAAAUUGGAAGAACAAAUAGUACAGAUGGAGAAUUUUGCAAGUCAUCUGGAAGAGAUAUUUAUAACAAUAGAUGUAAGUAUUAUGUCUAAGACCCGAUGAGCAUCAUGUUCUCAAGCUUCUGCAAGGUCACUGCUGGUACUCAGCAGGCAGUCUGUCACAUUAACAUUUUGUGAUAAUUACAGGAGAAUUUUGUGAGACAAGAGCAAAACGUUGAGAUGCACUACAGCGAAAUAAUGGACGUGCUUGCUCAAAAACACGAGGAUAAUGUGCAAGCUCUGGGAGACGAAAAAAAACUCAAGUUAGAAUCAUUGUUUGAGCAGCUCAUCGAUUCUGGGAAAAGUUUGGACACCUCUAAAGAUUUGAUGGAAACAAUCCAGAAUCUGUUUAAAGGAAAGGAGAAAGUGGAGUUUGUAAAGGUAAAGGUUGUGAAUAUUUGCAUCCGAUUUGUAGAGCUGAUGAGUUCUAGACAUGAAACAUAUGACAAAAAUCAGUGUCCGCUAACCUUGAUAUCCCAGAUAUUUGUGAACUCAGUUCCCCGUGAUGACAGCUGAGCAUUGUGGGAAAUUAAUUUCAUAAAUCAUUGAGGUUCUAAGGUUAUUGCACACUGACUUUAAUGGCCGUUGAAAUAGGCAACACAGUUAAGGUUCCUGUAACAAAGCAUAUUAAAGUAUUACUUACCGCCCAGGAUGUUUAAUUGUAUGUUGACUUAUCCCCUUUUUUUAAAAACAAAUAUUUGUUUGUGAAGUAUGAAAAUCCAAAAUGUUGUAAUUAGCUCUAUCCUGGAACUGCCUGUUGCAGUUCAAUGCCUGUUUCUGUCACUGAAUAUAGAAAUUGGCAGAGGAGAAACAAACAAAAUUUCUGUUUCUAAUCCUCCAGAGCAGCGUGUGCCUUGAUUGUGCCAGGACUGAACUGGAUUGUAAUGUUCUUUUACAUUUUUUAAAUGGAGUAUGACACACACACAAAAAAAUAUCAGUAAUUUUCUGUUUUAUUCUAAGGUAAAUUUCUGACGAAAUGACUGCUCCCCUUGAAAUCUUGCACUAAAACAGAGUAGCUUGUCAAUUCUUUUAAAAGAAUUUAAAAAAAAAUUAUGUUAAAAGACUCUUAUUUUGUUAUGUAUGUUCUCAUUAUAAACAAUCAGUUGAACAACAAUGUGCAAAAUGUAAGUAAAAAUAUUCUGGUAAAUAAUACAGAGUUUUUGGCUCAGACUGGUUGCUUUGUUAGAGAUGAUUUGAGAUAUUUUCUACUUAAUAUUUGCAAGUGAACACUCAGUUAUGUAAUUAAUUAUUCCCAUUGGUGACAUUACUGUAAUACAAGCAAAGGAGUACUAUUCAAAUAAAAAAGAGAAUUUGCACAAUUACCAGUUAUAUGUAAAGGGACAUUACGUACCAGAAUAUGUUACAUAUUAUAUUGUAUAAUAUAUGUUGUAUAAGUGUAUUUGAGUAAAUAUUGUAUAAGAGAAGGUGAUAGUAAUAAGUGUUUCUUUUUCUUUGUCUGCAGACUGCGUUAGACACAACAAACAGGUAAUGGCCUUGAUUUUAUGUCUCUGAAUAUAAUCCAUUUCUUCCAUGUAUUAAGUCAGAUAUGUGGAGUAUGCUACACCACGUUUAUCAUUGAAAUGGGUUAAAAUGGGCGCGUUUGCGUUAACAUAAUAGCAGGGCCAGUGCAAGGAUUUUUGCCGCCCCCCCCAUAUGUCCUGCCCACCAUGUGACAUCACAAUACCCCACCCAUAUGCUCUGCCAUAUGGGCCAACGCCAGUCUUCACAAAGUGUCUUUUAUCUGAAAAGACAGUGUGUUUACAUUGAAAAGCCUACAGGAACAGGCUAUAGACACCAGAACCACUACAUUAUGCUGUAGUGCUUCUGGUGACUAUAGUAUCCAUUUAAUGUGAGGUAAAUUAGAGAUUAGUGCCACUAAUAAUAUAUUGGAUUGCCUACUUACCACCAGAUGAGGACAAGAGGCUGAUGAUGGGCUCUGUCUGGCUCCACAGGUUUGGUGUAGAAGAGGCUCUCAGGAGACUGUUUUUAACAGUGCUCACAACAAUUAACGAACAGGAAGCAGCUCCAUUUUUUAGGGCCCCUUACACAGCUCAGGGUCUGGGCCCCCAGGGCUUGACCGUGAGUAUGCCUACAAUGCCCACCCAUAAAUCCAGCUACAUGGCCCACCCAUGAGUUCUCUCACAGGAAGUGGAGUGUAUGUGUGAGGGGAUGUUUUAUGUGUUAUUGUAGAGGAUGCAAUGUGUGUGUGUUCUUAUAGAAUGUAGUGUAUAGGGAUACCAAUUUCUGUAAGGGAUGUAGUGUGUUUAUAGGGGAUGCAGUGUGUGUUUGCGUGUAAGGAAUGCAUUGUAUGUUUCUGGGUGUGUGUGUGUAAGGGGUGCAAGGUGUGUUUCUGUGUAUUUAAUUGAAUGCAGUGUGUGUCUGUAAGGGGUGCAUUGAUUGUGUAAGAGAUGCAUUUUGUUUCUGUGUGUAAGAGAAUGAGUGUUUGUGUGAACUUAAGGGAUGCAUUGUGUGUUUCGGGUGUGUCUGAGUAGGAAUGCAUUGUAUGUUUCUGUGUGUGUGUGUGGAUGCAUUGUGUAUGUGUGUAGUGUAAAAGAGAGGGUUUGUGGGGUAGGAUAGGGACUGAGAGGGGAGCUGCUCUUUAUUUUUUUAUUUUAUUUUUCAUAGUGCUCUCCCCCCUGUCAAUUAUUGAUUUCCCCUUCCCUCCUGUCCCUCCGUGUUCUCCCCUUCUGUCUCUUAGUGCUCUCCCUUGGCCCCCUGUAGUCCCCCCUUCCCCCUUAGUGGCCCUCCCUCUCCCAAACCCCUUAGUAGACAUUCCCCUCCUCCCCCCACCCCCUUAGUGGUAAUCUCCUCCCCCGUGGUCAUUAUCCUGUUCUCCCCCCUUAGUGGUCCUCCCUCUCCCAAAACCCUUAGUGGACCUUCCCCUCCCUCCCCCUCAGUGUUCCUUACUCCCCACCCCCUCCCCUGUGUUCCUUCUCCCCCCCUUCCCCAGUGGUUCUUACUCUCCCCAGUGGUUCUUACUCCCCUCUCCUCCCCUAGUGGUCCUUACUACCCCCAUCCCUCUCCUCCCCCAGUGGUCCUUACUCGCCCCAUCUCUCUCCUCCACCUGUGGUCCUUACUCCCUCCCUCUUCCUUCAGUGGUCCUUACUCCCUCCUUCUCCUCCCCCAGUGGUCCUUACUCCCUCUGGUCCUACUCCCUCCCUCCACCUCUGGUUCCUCCCUCCCCUGGUCCUACUCCCCUCCCCUGGUGGUCCUACUCCCCUCCCUCCUGGUCCUACUCACCCUCAUGGUCCUUACUCCCUCCCUCCUGGUCCUACUCCCCCCCUCCCCCCCCCUGUGUUCCUUACUACCUCCCCUUCCCCUGGUGUUCCUUACUCCCUCCCCCCUGGUCCUUACUCACCCUCCCCCCUGGUGGUCCUACCCUCCUCCCCUCCCCUGUGUUCCUUACUCCCCGUCCUUACUCACACCCCCACACCCCUCCUGCCUAUGUAGCGUGGCCGGGCGGCGCGGAACGCGGGACAGGAACUUCUGUUUCCUGUUCCUGGCCGCCGGCGGACUGAAGGGAAGUGCUCACUUAGUGAGCACUUCCUGUCAGUCAACCGGUGGCGGGGUACAGGAAACAGAGGUUCCUGUACCGCGUUCCACGCCGCCUGGCCACGCUACACUGAGAGACUGGCGGGAGGGAGCGCUCUGCGCUUCCCUCCUGCCGGUCACUCAAAUCCGCGGUGACUCCGGGCGCAGGGAUCCGGCGCCCCCCUGUUAAGGUGCGCCCUAGGCGGCUGCCUAGGUCGCCUUACAGGUAGCGCCGGCCCUGCAUAAUAGCAGAGCAAUGGGUGCCAUGAAAUAUGGCUAUAACUAAGCUUGUGGUUCCUUUCUCUGGAGCAGGAUAUCUAGAGUGAUUAUAGCGUUAUUCUCGAAACUCGGCACAGUUCUGAUCAAGUAAGCAGUUCCAGAGUGAUUCAGGGUAUCUCCCGGUCAAGUGCUUAGUGUUUAGGAUGAGCCAAGGCGGCCUCCAAAGAUCAUUAAAGCCGGCUAGGAAGUCCGGCUAAGCAUCCUGGAUGUUCAGCGGGUGAUGGCACAGCACAGGAAGGUGAGCCGCGUGAUUUUAACUCUUUUGGGGAGGGUUUGUCUUGGAGUCCUGCACCAAUUGUCAUGGUGAUAGGACCAGCCCAUCACAAACAACAUCUGCAGAACUUUAUAGGAGCGCAUUGGAGCCAUACAUCUGUCCACUUCCAGUUUACGCAGAACACUAGUCAUAAAUAUUACACAGAUACGAGAAAAAGAGGAGAGUCUUUAUGGGCCAUUCAUCAUAACAACACUUAUUUGCUUAUGUGACAAAAAUGUAUCAGGCAUUUAAAGCAGUAGGAUAUCAACUGCUAGAGAACUUAACAAAGUAGCACAAUAGACAGUGUUGAUCACGCAAUGUCCAGAAAGGUGUUACCAAUUUGCAAUCUUAUUAAUUCAUUUAUUAAGGUGCCAUGUUUUGUAAAGUACAUAUUCAUUUCUGUUUGCAGAUUGAAUGCAUAUUUAAAUAAAGAUUUGGAUUUAAACAUAUCAACAAACGCAGAAUUCAAAAACAGCAGUGUAGAUUUCUCUGAAGUAGAACAGCUUCUGGACUCCAUUAAUAUAAUCCCAGGUAAUGUUAGUAUGACAUUUUGCAAUCUCUCUCUAUCUACAUGUCUGUCUAUCGAUCUAUCUAUUUAUAACGAUGUAAUGUAAUUGAUUUAGAAUGCAAUAAUACUAAUAUCAAAUUAUUUAACCAGGAUGCUUACAUUUAGAUAGAAAGAAUAGAGAGAAGCUGCAGGUGGAUUUAGAAUUUAGCACCUCCCCAGGUCAGGAGUAACUGUGUCAAUAACUGAGAAAGCUUCACAUGCAGCCAAUGGGAUGCUCCCUCUGUGGUAGUAUUGCCGUAUUCCCUCUUUAUUAUUCAUACACUUAUAUCUAGCCUUGUGCUUGUUGAAACUUAGACCUUGAUUACAAUCCAGCCAAUAACAUUUAUUGGCAGUUUAUUGGCUCCCAAUAAGCCAUGGUUUUGAAUCAAUUUAAUUCCCACUGUUAAAGGCUUAUCGUGAGCUGAUAAAUAUUGUUUCAAAUAAUACUGAUUUUCAAAAAAUGCUUAAAAUUUUUAGUAUACUUAGCGAUUCAAUGCCAAUUAUCAAGGGCAUAAUCUGCGAUAUGAUGAUCAAAUGCCCACUAACAGCACUAAUAGCCAGUGGACAAAUAGUUUAAAAAGCACAUGAGUACAAGGGAGGUUUAACACCUCUCCCAUGCCCCCACCUACCAUACCAUGAGUGGGUGCAUGUCUGCUAAACAGUUAGCAUCAAAUGACUGCUCGCCAUAAUAAAAGAUUAUUGCUAUUGCUCCCACUCAGUAUUAGUGUGCAGAUGGGGCGUUUUAUAGGUCCUCCCAUGCCCACUGUGGGUAUCCGGUGAGGGCUGUAAAAUAAAGAGUGUGUUGGACAGAUCACUGGCCACAAGAUAUGCUAAUAAUUCAAUAAUAAAGUAGGGGGACAUAGUAUCCCACUAUGCACACUCCCAUGGCCAGCAGAUGGGGCUAAAGGGACAUCGGCACUGAAUUCUGGUAAGUGAAUUAAGGGGUUUUAACCGUUUUCCACUUAAUAUGCUCGACAGAAACAAUUAUACAAUUCUCAAUCCACUUCAUAUUGGUUUCGUCUCACAAUGUUACUAUAUGUCCAUUUCAUUAUUAAAAGCAUUCUGAACACAAAACACUCCUGAGUAACACAUUUGUACAAAACAAAGACUUUAUUGUUGAAAGUCCAAUAAUAAGAACUAUAAAUGCUAUACAUGAAAUAAUUUUUAAAACUGAAAUAUAUAUAUAUAUACAUAUAUAUAUAUAUAUAAUGCCAAAAUACCAGAGUAUUGCAAUAUGCAAUGAUACAGUAAUAUGGCAUAUUGUCUACAGGACUAAUACGGCUAGUCCAAUCAACACUACUAUAUAUCAGUCAAGCCAUAAGACUUGCUUUUCCCACAGAAAUCACAAAUCUGCAGUGAUGACAAUUAAUUGGUAGUAACAUCACUGCAGAUUUGGGAUUUCUGUGGGAAAAGCAAGUCUUAUGACUUGACUGGUGUGCAGAUUUUUGUUUAACAUUGUAUUAACUAUCUACAGACUGCAGGUGGAAGGGGUUUUCAAUCACAUUUUAACCCCCUCCAUAACCUUUUUGGUUUAGCUUCCCUAUGUAUAUAUUAAAAUGUUUGUAAGCAGCAAAGGGAAAUGCAAGCGUAAUUUCUGUCACGAAUCAGACGAGAGACACGUGCUGGAAUGCACUUGUCAUUGCUGGUCAAUGAAAUGAAAGGCAUACAUCAUUCAGAAAUGCUGCAAUUGGAUGGACAAUAAAGGGGGAACCUGUGGGAUGGCAGGGAGGGAUAUUUAAAUAGUCGAACUGAACUUUAUAUCACAUCACUAAAGGAGGACUUAAUUUCCAUUAUUCAAGUAUGCCCUGAAGCAGUCACCUGAAGUGAUGAAAUGCAUCGGUGACCUCAUCACUGGUGCAGCUGAUUACAUACUUCUUUUAUAUGUUAUUACGUUACGUAUAUAAUAAAUGUGCUAUUGAUUUUAUUUUUUGGGGGUCCUACAUAUUUGUAUCUCAUUUAAUAUUAUUGAGGUUAUUAUCCUUAUUCUGUUGAGGAUUGAUGAUCCAUGGAGAUAUAAAGAAAAGUAUUAAAGGCCCUCUAAUACUUGUGUGUUGCUGUUUAUCCCUUUGUUCGUUUGUGCAUAUUGGAUCUACCUGGGACCUGGGGAGUCCCUGGAAACAGCCAUUCUUGAUAAGUAUAUACUCAUAUAACUUACUGUGAGCCACUGUGAUUUCUAUAACUUGUUAGAUACCCCAAGUCCCCUGCUCAAAGCAUUCUUGCACAAUGUAAUUUAAUGAAACUGUAGUGGGAUAGUUCUGAAACGUGAAUAUAUGCAAAAAUCUAGGUGAAAGCAUCAUGGUGAUUGAGGCACACUACCCGGUCCAGGAGAUCUCAUAUUGAGUCCUUUCUAGCUUGGGCCCAAACACUCUGUAGAUUCUCCUGAGAAAUCACUGAGAUCAUCGGGAAUAUCUGUAUGCUUAGGUAUUGAACACAGUCUUGUUUCUAGUCAAACUCAUAUGUGUCUCUAGUGAUAGGUUCACACCUAACGCCUGAGAUUUAGCAGUGUUCACUUUAUGGUGUGAUACAUUACCAUAACUUCAAGGGAUCUUGAAGCAUUAACAUGAUGUCAACUGCAAACAUGGUUAUUUUUUGCUUUGCCUUUUAUUGUAUCUCAAAUUCUUUAAUUUUAGUUACAGACCUAAUUUUGCUUGCCUAUGGUUCCAAGUGAAGCACAUAGAAAAGUGUCUUGUGCCAUUGCUUAUCUCAAAGCUCUCAGACAGGCAUACCAAGGUACGAACUCAUGCCACCUGGGCUCACAUAUCCCCCAUACAGCCAGUUGAAUGCCUUGUCCUCAUCCGAGGACAGGAGAAGACACUCGACCUUACCGUGGGAGACCAAGUCAAGAGGUCGUAUGAUGCCUGCUGCCUUUGUACAAACCCCACCUGGUCGCUAUGCACCCCUUGAGGCCCCUGCCAAGAAUUUAGGUCUUAGAUUGGCACACCUAGUAGGCAGUUUACUUGGUUUUGGGUGAAGGAUGUAGGGGUUUAAUAGUAUUGUGAGAUAUGGCAGCAGGGUUAAGGAAACUUCUUAUAACAAGUAGCUGUGUAGCCAUCUUGCCUCGGCAAUUUCCCAAAUUGUAAGGAUUUGAUAGCCUUUUCUACUUCAUCAGUGGUGAUUGGUGCUGUGAGCAUAGAGGCUUGUGCCUCAGUUAUUCAGGGUAAAGUGAUCCCUUGAAAAAAGAACUCUAUAUCUCCUGGACUAGGUUGGUGGAUUUGCGUUCAGGAAAAUAUGCAUAGCGAUUUAUAGAAUUUUGCCAACUGCUGUGGGUCAUAAACCUUAUGGCCUUUGUCAUCAAGCAAAUACGGGAUAGAUUUAUAUGCUUCUAGUUUCCUGAGUUUAGUGGCCAGCAUACGACCUACUUUGUUGCCACUUGGGUAAAAUUUGUCUCUGAGUCUUAAGCAUAAAUUCAGUUUCCUCUAACUGAAAUGUAUGCAAUUCAUGUUUUAUCUGCUUUAGUUGUUCAUGUACCUUAGGUGUAUUGACUGCUUUAUGUGUCCUAUCUAAAUGUGCUAGUUGGAGUGAUCCCUGUCUUCCCCACCUUUGGAGGAUGUGUCUAUAGUAGGGUACAAUAACAUAUUAAAGUCCCCAUAAAAGAUUACAUUGGCUUCUGACGAUAUGUUCUCUCUGUAAUGGCACAAGAUGAGCUAAAACCCACCGAAGUUACUGCCCGUUCUCAGAAUACUCUUGCAACCCGUUUUUUGCUCUCUGUAAGUUUAAAGGGUAAUCCAGACAUGGACCCCUUGCUCACGGUGCCUAGACAGCUAUCAGCUAUGCCUCCCUGAUGAUGCCUAACAAGGCUGAAACGAUCGUCUGGGGUUACUGUAUCUCUCGUGCAGAGAGAACUUGCUGGCAUUUCGGAUCUGGACUGCCCGUAUGGGUGGGACCAGUCUGAUAUGCUUCAGAUAUGUUCUCUCUGUAAUGGAACAACAUGAGCUAAAACCAGCUUGGGUUCUGAGCGGGGACCCACCGAAGGGCACGCUAUUUAAGUUGCUGUCCGUUCUCAGAAUACUCUUGCGACCCGUUUAUUGCUCUCCAUUGUUUGGUAAAUAGACAUUAAUUGUGCAGGAGAUAAUGUUAAACCUUCCUUUGGCAUUAUUUUUAACUGAUAAGUAUCUGCACUGGAGGGAGUGUUGAAACAGUACAGAUGUGUUUCCUUUUGUAGUGUAGUUAAGCGAAUGGAAGAUGUGGGGCAAGAGUGUGUAUUCUAAAUAGGGCACUUUCCCUCAGGCGAAAUGUGUCUCUUGGAUUUAAACUCUUGGAAACAUACUGUAAAUUUUCCUCCUGUUUACUUCCUCCCAGAAAACUCUGCAUUUGUGGUGUUAAGUCCACCCAGUGUUUAGUUGCAGCUUCAAAAAUCUGACCUCUCGUUGUAUGAGUACAGAGAUGUUCAGAGGUGUCACAUAAGUGUAAUGUCUGCUCAUAAGUGACAUUUGAGAAAAUAUUUGUAAAUUCCAAAACAUAACCAAAUAUUUUGUAUGAACCAAGACCUCUGUCCAAUAUUGCGGUUCCACAUGGAUGCUAUAACCCAACUUGUGACAUAUAUUUUCCCCAUGACCAAAACCAAAGCCACCCUGUACAUUAAACAGUAAGAAUAAAUCAGUAAAAUUAAUAAAAAAAUUAGAAACUGAAGUAUAAUGUAAAAUGAGAUACUCUAGAAAUCGCCUCCCACCAUAUUUGGAGGACAUAGCAGCUCAACAUUAAGAGAGAGCAUAGGGGCUCUAUAUUCCAGAGCAUAUUGAUAAAUCUUAAAUAGACUUCCGCGUUGUUACUUGACUUUUGGUUGCCUAACUAACGCUGGACAUCCUCACGCUUUGCAUGAGGACAUCCAGUGUCAUCUAAAACCUAAUGCGAGCAUUCUUUCAGGUAAGUGACACAAGGGUUUCUGCUCUGCAGGUGGGGGGGGGGGUUGAGCGAUCGAGGGGGCACUAUAAGGUAUAACUUUGUAUCCCUAGCCUAUAGUUUCCCUUUAACUAGGUGACUACAUAAUUAUAGUUAGAGAUCAACAAGCCUCAGUUGGGCAUAAUGAGGGUAAAGUAACGAAAACCAUAAUGGAACCAUUAUAACCCGAGGCCUACACUCUCUCAAGUAGAGAGGAAACUUGUAGCAGGUAUACACCAGUAACCUCAUAGUGACAAUUUUGGAGAUCUUGAGGUGGAGGGUACAAUCGACCAUUAAGGCACUCAACUUCACCUCCGAAGUGGGCUUCAUAGAUAGUAGUAUGUCCCACAUAUGGAGGAGCUUCGUACCCUCCACCGGCGUGGACACAGCUUUAGUAGACCCAUUACUAGUGAUGAGCAAUUUGUUGAGGUAACCCCCAUGUAGAUUAUUCAGUGUUUAUUCAGAGCCUGAGUCAGUGGAAGAAGUUCUGCCAGUCCAUAGUAAAUGAGGACAAAUCAGGCAUUUGUUGUAGAGCUGAUUAUUUGUCUGCGAGCACUUUUGUGGAACACACCACCAGGAAAAGCUGGGUCUUGUGUGUGAAGAAGUGUUUGCGGGCCAGUACAUCCCUAGAUGCCAUCAGUGGGGCCGCAUGUCCUUUAGACAAUUUGUGGAUUCCUUCCAUUAUAAAUUCCUCAUUAGUCAGUGUACACGGUAGGUCAUGUACAUACUCUUUGAAAUAAAUUUUGAGGUUUACAUUGGAUACUCAAUCAGGGAUUCCUUCUUGAGCAAUUUUAUGUUCUAGCCGAUAUGUCCUUUCUGGUAACCCCUUGUGUUCAUCCACCAGUGCCUUAUGUGAGUCAAUGAUGUUGUCCAUUUUUUUUUAUAGCUUAUCUGUUCUCUCACCCAGAUCCCCUAUAGAUUUGGCCAGUUCUGAGGGAAGUCUUGUGAGAUCAGACUGCAAGUCUCUGCGCAGGUCUUGCAACAUGAGUUUCAUUUUGUCUGAGGUCAAGAUGGCCUCAAGGCCAGAGAGUCGUCCGCUGUUGCCGCCAGAUUUUUACUGUGGUCCACGGGAUAGGGAUUUAAUUUAAGCUGCAUUUUCUUGGACUUAGUACGAAUUAUUGUUAACUGUUUUCCAGCUAAAAUAUUUUCCUUAAAAGCCAGUUUUUCAGCCACUUUAGUUCUGGUAUAUGAGGAGCUACAACCAUUGUUCACACACACCAAAUCAUGCCCCUGAGAUACAUUAUCUUUUAACAAAUGGAUCAAAUUUUAUUAAAUGUUUAGUUGACUUUAUGAAAUGGAUAAAAGUAAAUUAAUCCUAGUGGCAAACUCAUAAUGUACUGUGUAUUUCUCAAAAAAACAGUGGAUUUAAUUAGACAAGAUAGAAGUGAGGAGCAGGAGAUCAUUCUUCUUCAGUCACUCCAUGGGUGGCUUUUAUUUGCUUUUAUAUCGUAGCAUCAUUCAUCAACCUGAAAUCCUCAAUGAUUGUGCAUGACAUAACAUAGCAUUUAGAAAGCUCUAUAAUCCUUAUUUAUCUUUCUCUUUGCAGCUCCGUCGGCUCCUGUAUUAAACCCUCAGACUCCGAACUCCGCCACUGCCACCUCGCUACGUGUGUGCUGGAGCCUCUUCUCAGAUGACACUGUAGAAAGUUACCAUCUGUACUUUAAACCUGUAUCUGAUGGAACCCCUGGAGAAGAUCAAGGAGGUAAGAGUUUAACCUAGAGGUGCAAAAGGAGCAUCAGACAUUUCAAUGAAUUACUUCUGAACCAAUAAAGAAAGCAUGUAUGUUUAUAUACAAAGAGUACAUACAAAGGAAUACUGUCACAGUUAGUAACAAUGUCGGUAUAUGUGUCUGCUUAUCUAUCUAGCUAACUAAGAUUUAUAAUCCUAAAGCAUCAAAUAUAGAAUGAAAUAGUAUAAUUUAAAUAAUCAUCUUCUUUUUUUUUCUUGGAGUUGUUUUAGGAUUUUAUGGCUAGCAUUAUAAUGAUUACAAAGGUUUUAGUGUAGAUAUUGAUUUUAAUGGCACAAGUUACUUGAAUUGUGUAAGUAUGUGCAUUUGAAUUGUAUCUAAUUAUAUAACUUGUGUUUCUCCUUUAUAUUACACACUGUUUCAUUUGCUUUUUAGUUCUCAUUAAAAGGACACUAUAGUCACCAGAACAACUAAAUGCAGUGGUUCUGGUGUCUAUAGCCUGUUCUUGCAGGCUUUUCAAUGUAAACACUGCCUUUUCAGAGAAAAUUGAUUCAAUGUAUCUCUAUGAGGAGAUGCUGAUUGCCACAGCACAUAAUUUUGCCGCCCAAGCACAAUACCCUCCUAAUGCUUUCCUAUGGGAAAGCAUUAAACUGGCUGAGAUCAUCAGGAUUGAUGAUCUCAGCCAUGGAGGCAGGGCCAGCUGUGGCGAGAACAGUGCAGCGGGGAAGUAAAGCUGAGUAAAAUACCUUUGCAAUCUGACGGAGGCAGGGGACCUACACACCCACUCCAGGACUAUAGUGUUAGGAAUACAUGUUUAUAUUCCUAACACUACAGUGUUUCUUUAAUGUAAACUCAACAGAGGUCUAUGUACGCUCUGACUAUGCUUUGCUUACACUCUUUAUUGAUAUUCCAUGCUUGGCAACACUUUCUAACCAGGUGAAACCUCCCCUGUGACACUGACUCAUUGGCGUCAUUGCCAUCAUGCUGGAAUCCUGACAUUGUGACAUCAGUCACUCCAUUCCUAUACUCUCUCACCAGUGCCAGCAAAGUUAGCUGCGGAGUUCCCAUAGCAACCACAGCCCAUACGCUGUGGUUGCUAUGUGUGAACAGCAGAAGGGGCUCCUGUUGGAGCUCUCUAUGGCACUCAGUUCUUCAUCAUAGACUCUGUGCUGAAGAAUUGAUUGACAAGUGAUAGAAAGAGCUAUUUUAUAUAAGGUUUUUCUUCCAAUCUGUAUAUUUCCUAUCAAAUCUGAAAUGGUAUGCUCUUCAACAAAAGCAGGUUAAAUUUACAUGAUAGGAACCCUGUUAGUGCAAAUAACACAAAACACAUUAAGGCUUGGUUUACUAUGCAUUUUCCAUUUUGUUUGUUGCAGCUUGAACUUUGUGUUUAAUAAAUAGACAUGUGCAAUUUGUUUUGUUACAAAUAUACAUUCGGACAAAUUUCGUGCAUUUCGGUAAUUCGGAUGCUUACAGAUGUCCGAAGUUCGAAUUGCCGAAUUUUCGAAUUGCCAAAGUCCCGAAUUUCUGAAGUGCCUUACCAAACUGAAUUGCCAAAGUGUAUUGGAUUUCUGAAAAGUGGCAAAAUACGUGGGUAGGGUUAGGGGUUAUGGUUGGGUUUAGGGUUAGGAGCAAAACAAAUGGUUAGGGUUAGGUUUAGGGUUAGGGUCCGAAUUGCCAAAGUUCCAAAUUGCCAAACCGAACCGAAUGCCAUUGGUCCGAAUUGCCGAAGCAGACUUAUUUCUUUACUUACCCGAAUUUCCGAACUGAACCAAACUUUUUGCCCAUGCACUAUUAAUAAAUGUUUGAUAAUGUUUGGACUGUCUAUAUAAUUUUUGCUGCUGAGCAUUGCCAUUUAAAUAUUAGUAAACAGCCCUGUAGACCCUAGGGCAACACAGCUUACUCCGCUUACCUACCUUUGGCAGCCCUGUACAGCUAAGCAGUAAGUAACUGAGUGAGCCGUUCAAUUUUGGAAUAUUAGCCUUAAAGAACCAAUUGUUAUGAUGACAUAUAGACCAUCGUUGAUCUGUAUGAGGUUAAAACAGAAGUUCAUUCCCAAAAGCCCUCUCGGAAACAUCCAAUAAUAUCGGGUACUUUGGAUGUCUAGAAAACAUUUUUUAUUUACAAAGUACUUCCAACUUUUUUUCCUUCUACCUUAAUCUUCUACAGGUCAAUGAAGAACAUGCAGAUUUUUGUAUUUUCUCUUAUUUUUGUUAUAUUACUUUCCUUGAACCCAAAGCUGAAAUUGUUACUAAAACAACUUUCUAUUUAGCUCUCUGCUUACACAGAGACCUCUCGUACUCAGUCAUCUAAUGCUUCAUACCCUCAUAGGCAGCAAUGUCUCUUGUUCCCUUUGCUGUCUAAUUCCAGCUUUCUCUCCUACUUUUAGUAGCUUGACUUGUUAUCCUUCUCAGAUCAAUUUAUUCUGAAAUACAAGUAAAUCCUGGGGUAAUCUCUGCUAAAAUUCUAAAGUGUGUCACCUAACUGGUCUUGGGUAACAGAAUGCAAUAGUCAGCCUUUAAAGUACAGUAUUUUCUGUAUUUUGGAUGUUGAUUCUAACGAAAUCCCAUCCUAGAUAUUUGCAAAAUAAACAAUCCAAUGGGCAAAUACAAAUGGCUACAAAACAAUAUAUUACUAUACACUAUUUUGGUCAAUAAAUAUAUACUAUUUUGUGUGCUAGUGGGGAUUUUUACAUUUCAGCCCUCCCCCCCUUCCCCCUUUUACAAAAAAUAAAAUCGCCUCUGCUGAGGUGAUUAGGCUUAAAGACCAUUUUGUCUAGUCAAAUGCUUCUCACAGAAAAGCAAAGAGUCCAAUGCUUCUCUAUGAGACGCAUCAGAGGACCUUUGCAAUGCUUGAAGACGUUGAACGUCAAGACAUGGGCCAUUUUAAAAUGUAGAGCCUAUAUCUCAAUGUUUUUUAUAUUCCGCAACAUCGUUAGUUUCAGAUAAUGGGCUGAUGUUUUUUAAUUUUAUAUACAAUGCAAUAAAUGGAAUUUUCUUCUACUUAUUAUAUUUAAUAUCUCUUGUUAAAUUUCAUGAUUGCUGUCCCCAUUUAUCCCUUUUUUUUUGUUAUUUACCCUUUGCAUUAGUCGUAUAUUUCUUUAACCCCUUAAGGACACAACUUCUGGAAUAAAAGGGAAUCAUGAUGAAAUAUUUCCGUCAUCUGUCCUUAAGGGGUUAAAAUCUUUUUUGAAAAAUUCAAUAAAAAUUAUUUGAAAAGUACAAAAGUCUGACUCAAUUCUCACCGCGGAAGCACCAGCUAUUAAGGAUGCCAGUGUAACAGACACUAGAGGUGUAUUUAGGCCCACGAUGUAAACAUUGCUGUAUCUCUAAAAUGACAAUGUUUUAUAAUACGGGAGAAAAAUAGCAGGCCCACUGCAUCCAGACCACUUCAUUGAGAAGAAGUGCCCUUGAAACUUAUAAUGGUCCUUUAAUUACAGAUUGCAUGAAUAAUCAGUGUAGGCAUUAUUAAUUUCCGUACAUUAAAAGCAGCAUGGAUGUCACAAGAUUUCUUUUUCUUUUACAGAUAUCACGUACAAUUACAAUGUAAUAAAACAAAAUCAGAAUGGUUGUCUACUCUUCCAGUAUUUAUUAUGUUUUGUCUCUUUAUUGCAGAAUGCAUGAUACGAGCUAAGGAAACAUAUUGCACAGUGAAGGAUCUCAUGCCAAACACCCAGUAUGAAUUUUGGGUCAUUGCUAUCAACAUCACAGGUGGGAGUCCUGCAAGUGAACGGGCUGUCUAUGUUACAGGUGAAUAUCAAUAUUAAACCUGCUGACUUCAGUGUAAAGGAAAACACAGCCCGGUAAUGGUAACAUGAGCCCAGCGAGGUCUUGCUUAGAAAAUCAAACAAUCAGCAGUUUAUUCUAAUUUUACAGAAAUUAGAUUUACCUAUUCUUCUAGGUAAAGUGUCUUCAAGGUGGUAACACUUUUUAAUGUUCUAUAUCUACCAAAUACUGAGUUCAAUAUAAUUUCACACAAAACUUAAAGGACCACUAUAGUGCCAGGAAAACAUACUCGUUUUCCUGGCACUAUAGUGCCCUCAGGGUGCCCCCACCCUCAGGGUCCCCCUCCCACCGGGCUGGAUGGAGAGGAAGGGGUUAAACUUACCUCUUUUUCCAGCGCCAGGCAGGGAGCUCUCCUCCUCCUCUCCUCCCUCUUCUCCUCUCUGGUGUCUUCUCACUGUGAUUUUCACAGUGAGAAACGCGGAAGCCCUCUAGCGGCUGUCAAUGAGAGGCUGGAUUAACCCUAACAUAAACAUAGCAGUUUCUCUGAAACUGCUAUGUUUAUAGAAAAAAGGGCUAACCCUAGAUGGACCAGGCACCCAGACCACCUCAUUAAGCUGAAGUGGUAUGGGUGCCUAUAGUGGUCCUUUAAAUCGCUUCAUCAGGCAAAUACAUUUAUAUUAAAGGUUUCAGUCUUAUAUUCAUUUAUUAUAUAAAGAGGCAAGAGAAUUAAAUAUAUUAUAUACACAUAAGAGAGGAGAAAACACCCAUGAACAAUUCAAAUAGAGAAUGUAACGAUGAGUGAAAUUUUUGUUUAGUGGGCCAAUGUUAGAUAUUACAUAUAAAAUCAAAAAUAUAGAAUUUUAUCAUAAUAUUUAGCUUGCGGAUUCCAUCUAAAUGUUACACAAUAAUCUGUCUUAUUCACUUAUCUGAACUAGUGAAAGGACACUCCAAACCCUCAUUGUUAAAGAAUUGCAUAGACAAUUAAAUAAAAUAAAGCAAAUCAAUUUGAAUAAAAAAGAUACCUUUUGAAUUUUCUGCCACGAGCAUAUAACGCAGGUUUUUUUUUGUCUAGUCGUACUAGAACAUGGUGCUAAUAUACAUAUGAUAUGAUUAUCUGGACACUACAGUAUGGAAGUGAACUUAAGGUGAAAAAGCUUUUUUUGCAAAAAUCUGCGCAUCAUGGAGUAAUUAACAGUAAUGGAUUCCAUGGUGUUCUGCGAAAUGCGUUGUUGCAAGUUGCUUUUGACUAACCCUCAAGAAAUGUUGUAAAGGCAUUUGCCUACAAAAGUUUAAAACCUACCGUCAGGAAAAUGUUCUCAUGAUAACAAAGAAAAUAUUUUGAACACAUAUUUUAUGUGAUUUUCCAGCCCCAUCACCUCCCAUUAUUAAGAGUGAAGUAUGCAGUAGUUGCGAGAAUGCAGCCCUAAUCUGCUGGGAUUCAGGGAACAUCAAUCCAGUUGAUUCUUAUACGGUUGAAAUAUACAAUGUGACAAAAGGAGAGAAUGAAGCUCUUCUCACAGAGUAAGUAUUGUGUCCAUGCGUGACAGCUUGCAAUCAUUGACUCGAGGGGGGGGGUCAUUUUUCCUGUAGUUAAAUAUUAGUUAUUAAAGGAUAAUAUGUGGUAUUAUGUGCUUUGUAAAGCAAAGUAAGCAACCUUAAUGAUAUUUACUGACAUUACCAGAAUUAAUGUUCUUUAAUGACCACAUGGCCAAUAUGCAAAUAGUAACCACGUUGUUAUUAUAAUUGUAAAAUUAUUAUUUUUAUUAAUAUUUUUAAAGCACCAACAAAUUCCGCAGUGCAGUACGAGUGGAGUAACAGACAAGUAUUUGUAACAAGACGAGUUGGAACAGAGGGUGUUGAGGGCCCGAUUACAUUCUAGAGGGAGUGGGGCAAAGUAACACAAAAGGUAAAGGUGGGAUAUAGUUUAUGUAUGGGAAAAGUAGGUUGCUAGAAUAUUUUUUAAUGAAGGCUAUAUUUUAUUUUUAAUUUUGGAUGCAGUUGCAGGAGAGGAAGCAAGGUUCAGGGAGGGAAAACUGUUAACAGUUUAAUUAAUAUGCUAUCCUGAAGAAGUGGGCUUUUUAUAUUCUUUUUAAAAAAAUGAAGACUGGAUGAUAUUCUAAUGGAGCAGGAAGGGAACCCUAGAAAAUUCUUGAAGGUCAUAGGUGGGAGUAUGAACAGAGGGUAGACGCAGGUCUUCGGCAGAGCCUAGGGGGGCCUGGACAGGCCAUACAUGUGUAAGUUGGGAAUGCAUAAGAUCACUGAGAAGCAGAUUGCAGUAGUCAAGAGAGGAUAGUGGAAUGGACCAGUGCCUUACCCACAUUGCACGCUAUGUUUUUGAGAUAGAAGUGGCAGAAUUUGGCAAUUGACUGGACAUGAGGGUUAAAAGCAAGGUUGGAGUCAGAGAAUACCUAGGCUGUGAGCCUGCAAGUAGAGCCAUUGACCUGGAGAGACACAGACAUGGGAGUAGCAACACUUGAGGGAGGAAAGAAGUUAUGUUUUGUAUAAGUUAGAUUUAAGGAAGUGAUCAGCAGUUUGAAAUAGCACAGAGGUAGUCGAGACACAAAUCAAGAGGAAUGGAGAGAGAUCAGGAGAAAACAGAUAUGGCAUCCACAUAGAAGUGAUAUAGAUUGAAAACAGUAGGACAGAAUCUUGGGGAACUCUGACAGAGAGGGAUUUCAGAGAAGAUGAAGAGUCAGUGAAAGAAACACUGAAAGAGAGCUGGGAGAGGUAGGAGGCGAACCAAGAGAGAACAGAGUCUCAUAGACCGAUAUUACAGAGGAUGAGAAAAAGUUGUUGAUGAUCAACAGUGCCAAAAGUAGCAAAAAGAUCAAGGAGAUUUAGGAGUGACCAGUGGAUUUUGCAGCAAGAAAAUCUAUGAAUACUUUGGUCAGGGGAAUUUCGGCAGAGUGACAAGUGCGGAAUCCAGACUGAAGUGGGACAAGCAGAGAGUUGGAUUCAAGGGAAGAGGUCAAAUUCGCUAACACAACUCUCUCAAGGAUCUUGGAGACAAACAGUAAUAGUGAGAUAGGGCAGUAGUUGGAUAGGGAUAGGAAGUUAAGGUCAAGGUUGUGCUUUUUUAUUAUCACGGUUAUGGUUGCAUGCUUGGAGGGUGAAAGAAAUAUGCUAGAGGAGAGGGAGAGAUUGCAUAUUUUAGUGAGGCAUAGAGCAAGAGAAGGAGACAGAGCACAAAUAAAAUGUUAGGGAAUAGGAUUUACAAAACAGAAGGUGGGGCGGGAGGACCUUACCAGAAAUCUCUUUUAGCAUAGCGAGUGUGAGUGACCAUAGAACAGCGGAGGGAGUGGGGUUGGGGGAAAUAGGAGUAGGAAAGAGAUUAGAGAUCUUUUACCUGAUCACAGAAAUCUUCUCAGUGAAGAAAGUUGUGAAGUUGUAGAUGUCAGGUUAGUAGGAGGAGCAGUAGCAAAAUGGCAAAGAAGAGAGUUAAAAUGUGAAAGAGGUGAUUGGGUUCUUGAGAGAGCAUGGUUAUGAGGGUAUUGAAGUAAUCUUCUUUUGCAGAGGAAAGACCCAAGCUGUAUGAGCGUAGCAUAAAUCUAUAGUACAGGAAAUCACAUGUAGAAUGAGACUAUCUCCAGCAGCAUUCAGCAGUUCUGGAGCCUUUUUGGUGGUAUUGGGUCACUUUGUGUGCUAAGAUUGUAAUUGGGGUGCUUACAACAUUUAAAUGUACCUUUUAGGAUCUACAACAGUCUGAAUUCCUUGCAGCAUGGAUACAACAAGCUUCUCUAAACAAUCCUUUGGGAUGUUGGUCCAAGCUACCUACAUAUUAUCAGGCAGAUUCUGCAGAUUUUUGUCCAUACAUUCCUCUUCCUACUUCUGUUCCACCCAACCCCACAGGUUUUCUUUUUGCUUGAGAUCUUGGGAUAUGUCUGGUAAUUGGCAUAAAAUAAAGUCACCAUUGUGUUUUGGAAGAAAAUUACCCUGUUUUCCUGUUUUUUAUCCAAUAUUUCUGAACUCUCAUUUAAAUAGUCCCUCUCCAUCUAUCUCCCUACAACCCAGCCCCUCAAGCUUACUGCUUUGGAUUUACUUUUAUUAAGGUCUUACCUUUUCUUAGCCACAUCCAGUUUCUCUCCAAGUCCUGUAGAUUCCACCUUACAAUAUUGCCCACAUUCACCCCUUUCUAAUUUAAGAUAAGGAACUUGUUUUUCUACACAUUUCCUGACAUGACUAUUAUAACUCACUACUUAUCUAUAUCCAGAUACCUGCAUUGCACAAUAAUAUAUCAAUGUUGGCACUCAACUGGCUGAUGGUGCUGGUAUUGAGGUAACCCAGCGUGUAAAUACCUUUAAAAUUACAGAUUAUUAACCAAUCAACCAACCAAAACAGUUUGAAAAUUUAAGAACAGAUUAUGUAUUUGCAGCUUAGAAAAGGUUUUUUAAAAAAAUGGAUUUUUCAAGGGCUUGCCCAUUCCUAUGCAAUUUUCUACCCCGAUCCCUGAGACACUCGCCUAACCUUCAGUCAUUUACAAAGUCACUGAAAACACACCACUCUAAACCUAAUAUCUUUAUGGGUAACGUUUCUCUCAUUACAAUUGGCCUCGUCAGUUCACUCGCCUCCAAAGCCAGUUCACUAUCUCUUCUUCCACUGUUCACGUCUUCCACACACCACUUUUACUAGCUUAUUUUGACAUGGACAUCUUAUUCAUCAGUCCCUUCUCCCCUCUGAGAUAAUGUUAUUCCUCUUGUGUUCUUUACUCCUUCUUCAUAUAUUGUAAUCUCAUUUGAGCAUGGCCUUUUUCACCCCAGGUAAUAUUUUCUAUGUAAUUUAUUUGUCAGAUAUCCCCUUCUUACACUUCUAAAGUGCUGCAAAAAAUGUUGGAGCUAGAUAAAUGCUAAUAAAUAUAAUACCUUGUGGCGUGAUGUAUUAAACUGCUGGAAGUAUCCAUUUUAAAUUGAGCAAACUAUGACUGCAGAGGGAUUUAUAUGAUCAGUGAAAAUACAUAGAUAGAAUGUGGCAUUCAAACUGUGAUCAACCAUUAUUAAAGGGAUUAAUGUGCUCUAGAAAGCUAUGCUCCCACCAUUACAUCGCCACUACCAACAGGGUAGAGUUCAUGGGGUUAAUGUCUUGUUUAUGAGUCUGACUCUAAACUCUGACUGUUUUAAAAGAAGUGACGAUUCUUCAUAUUUCCAGUCAUCAUUUGUUUCAUUUUAGCGAUCUCUCGCUUGCUGAAGCCUUAUCGUUCUGUUCUUAGCUAGCAAGGUUUUAUGCGCUGUGAUUUCACAGACUGAUUUAUGCACAGCACUGUUGCAGAGAAUAGUUAUUUAAGUAUUUGUAACUUUUCGGUCAAUGUUAAAGGUUUUACACUCACAAACCAUUUGCAGAAUGAAUGCUUUUAGUUAAUCACAGUGACUCUCUAAACCUUAUCGCCUGCACUGCUUGGAAAUAUCACGAGAUCCACCAACACUCAACAACAAUCACAGAGCUUUCAAACUCUCUUUGUUCAUUGGGUUUUCCCCAUUUAGUGUUUGGUCAAGCAACUGCUCAACUCUCGGCCAUCUGCGUGUUUUAUAUAUCAAAUGAAUGAUGUGCUCACCUAAUGAUGUGCUCACUCAGUGGAUAACUUUAAUCUGUUGCUACUCUACCAGAUCUUGCAGGAAAGUAUCAGAGUCCCUGUUACCAGUUUUAUGUCUUACAUGGUUACAUAAGUGAUUAAGUUGAAAAAAAAAAAGAUAUAUAAUUCUUACCAAUAGCAAUAUUUACACUGAUCAUCCACAACAUUAAAACUACUGACAGGCGAAGUGAAUAACAUUGAUUAUAUCGUUACAAUGGCACCUGUCAUGGAAUGGGAUAUAUUGGGCAGCAAGUGAACAUUCAGUUUUGAAUUUCAUGUGUUGGAAGCAGGAAAAAUGGGCAAGUGAAAAGAUCUGAGUGACUUUGACAAGAACAAAUAACGAUGGCUAGACGACAGGGUCAGUGUAUCUCCAAAAUGACAAGUCUUGUGGGGUGUUCCUGGUAUGCAGUUGUUAGUACCUACCAAAAGUGGUACAAGGAAGGACAUUCUGUGAUCUGCUGUCAGGGUCAUGGGCCCCCAAAACUUAUUGAUGCGUGUGGGGAGUGAUUACACAGAAGAGCUACUGUAGCUCAAAUUGCUGAAAAACAUUAUGCUGGUCAUGAUUAAAAGGUGUCAGAAUACACAGUGCUCACAGUUUGCGGUGUAUGGGGCUGCAAAACAGCAGACCAGUCAGAGUACCCAUUAUGACCCCUGUCCCCCACCAAGAGCACCUUCAAUGGCGACAUGAGCAUCAGAACUUGGUUCAAGGAGCAAUAGAAGAAGGUUGCUUGGUCUUAUGAAUCAUGUUUUCUUUUACAUCAGGUGGAUGGCAGGAUGCAUUGUUUACCUGGAGAAAAAAUGGCAGCAGCAUGCACUAUGGGAAGAAGGUAGGUCGACGGAGGCAGUUUUAUGCUUUGGGCAUGGUCUGCUGGGAAUCCUUGGGUCCUGGCAUUCGUGUGAAUGUUAUUUUGACACUACCACCUACCUUUAUUGCAGACCAUAUACACCCAUUCAUGGCCUAUUUCAGCAGAAUAUUGCACCAUGCCACACUGCAAAAAUUAUUCAAGAAUGGUUUGAGAAACAUGACAAAGUGUUCAAGAUGUUGAUCUCAAUCCGAGUAAGUAUCUCUGGGAUGCACUGAUACAACAAAUCCAAUCCAUGGAGGCCCCACCGUACUUGUAGGGCAUAAAGGAUCUGCUGCUAAUAUCUUAGUGCUAAAUAAUACAGGACAAGUUCAGAGGUCUUGUGAAGUCCAUGCCUCAACAUUUCAGAGCUGUUAUCGGCAGCACAAGGGGGACCUACACAAAAUUAUGCAGAUGGUUUUAAUGUUGUGGCUGAUCAGUGUUUGAUCCAAAAGGCAAAAUAAAAUCUGCAACAAACAACUUUUCAAUUUUGAGCCAAGGGGACACAUAGUGUUCUCGUGUCUGUGUGUGCCUGUGCUACAAGAUAAAAGAUACAAGGUUAUGGCACAGUGAUAUUCAGUUAUUACUAUGUGUCUUAUACUAUUCAGAUACACACAGAAAUGUUCUGAAAUAUAGCGGUUAAAUAUUAUUUUGAUAGUAUUUAUUAAGGUGAUCUAAAAGGUGACAGUUUUGUUUAUAUUAAAUUCCACCAGUUUUCACAGAAAUUUCCAUUUCAGAAGACCACCAGAUUAAGAUUCGCAAAAAAAUUGAUGAAUCAGUUGUGUCAGGGACAAAACAGAGCAUACUAAAAAGAAUAACAGUUAAGGGGGAAAAAAUCUGACAGAUUUAAUAAAUAUGCCAAAUAUGCCAAAAACAUAAUAAUAAAAUGUGUAGAAAAUUAGAUGGAAAAAAGUGACACUUUGAUAAACCUCUUCCUCAGACUGAUGACCACCAGGAACUCAAACAAUCCAUAAACUUUAGGGGCAGAACGAAGGAAGCAAAACGUUUUUCCCAUCUGCCGUAUACAUGGAGAGGGGGAGGGAUGUAAUUUGCAGCGGAGUUUGGGGAGCUAGUCUGGGGAGGGAGAGGGUUAAUCGGUAGUUGAAUGUGUAGAAUCAAAUUCAGACAGAUGCAGCUAAUUAAGGAAUGUAGGGAUCUAUUUUGGAGCAGAAAGGGGGUUGGUUAUCAGAUUUAUACAGGAGUUGAUAGAGAAUGUAAAAGUGCAUGGGAAUUAUGGGCAGAUGAUAAGUCCUGCUUAAGUAUGCAUGUAUGUAUAUGUGUUCGGCAGCUUGUGUAUGUAUGCACAGUAUAUGUAUAUAGCUAAAUAUUUGUAUGCUGUGUAGGUGGAAGUCAGUGUGACUUGUUAAAUAUGAGUGAAUGAACUUGUAUGUCUGAUACCAAGUGUGAAUAAUGGGGAGUUGCAUUGAUUAGGCUAUGCCUAGGGCACCCAAAAACAUAAAUACAUCACUGCAUAUACCUAUCCGCUCUAUAAUAAGAUUAGGAACGCGCUAUAGCUCGGUAUUCGUGAAAUGAGAAGUGCAAGCUCAUCACUGGUAUUCACCUUUUUUUGUAGAGUAGUGACUGAAGGAUAAAGCAGGGCUGCCACCAGAAAUUUUGGGGCCCCUGACACUGCCCACCAUCUGGGCCCCCCGGGGCCCGCCCUCCAAGUCAAUCCACAUGACCUGCCGCAAGUCUACCCACAUGACCCGCCCCCAAAUCCACCCACAGGGCCCAUCUUAAGUCCACCCACAAGGAUGAAGUGUGUGUUUACUGAAUUUGUUUAUGUGUGUAUAGUGGCUUAAGAAUGUGUGUAGUGGAUACAAAGUGCAUGAGUAAAGUGGAUACGCUGUUUAUAGUGGAUUCAGAUUGUAUGUUUGUGUAGUGGACAGAAUGUGUGUGUAUAGUGGAUGUAUUGUGUGUAUAGUGAAUGCAGUGUGUGUGUUUGUGUACUGGAUGUAGUAUGUGAAUAGUGAAUGCAUAUUGCGUGUUUGUGUAGUGAAUGUAGUGUGUGUGAGUAUAGUGAAUACAGUGUGUCUGUGUAGUGGAUAUAGUGUUUGUGUGUAUAGUAAAUGUAGAGUGUGUGUUUGUGUAGUGGAAGUAGUGUGUAAAUAGUGACUGCAGAGUGUAUGUGUAGUGGAUGUAGUGUGUGUAUAGUGUAUGCAGAGUGUGUGUUUGUGUAGUGGAUGCAGUUUUUGUGUUUAUGUGGUUUAUGGUGUGUUUUAAGUGGUGGAUGAUGUGUGUGGUUGUGUAGUGGAUGCAUUUUGUGUGUUUAUGUAGUGGAUGAUGUGUGUGGUUGUGUAGUGGAUGAUGUGUGUGGUUGUGUAGUGGAUGAUGUGUAUGGUUGUGUAGUGGAUGAUGUGUGUGGUUGUGUAGUGGAUGAUGUGUAUGGUUGUGUAGUGGAUGAUGUGUGUGGUUGUGUAGUAGAUGAUGUGUAUGGUUGUGUAGUGGAUGUAGUUUGUGUGUUUAUGUGGUGUAUGAUGUGUGUGGUUGUGUAGUAGAUGAUGUGUAUGGUUGUGUAGUGGAUGCAGUUUGUGUGUUUAUGUGGUGUAUGAUGUGUGUGGUUGUGUAGUAGAUGAUGUGUAUGGUUGUGUAGUGGAUGCAGUUUGUGUGUUUAUGUGGUGUAUGAUGUGUGUGGUUGUGUAGUAGAUGAUGUGUAUGGUUGUGUAGUGGAUGCAGUUUGUGUGUUUAUGUGGUGUAUGAUGUGUGUGGUUGUGUAGUGGAUGCAGUUUGUCUGUUUAUGUAGUGGAUGACGUGUAUGGUUGUGUAGUGGAUGAUGUGUAUGGUUGUGUAUUGGAUGAUGUGUGUGGUUGUGUAUUGGAUGACGUGUAUGGUUGUGUAGUGGAUGAUGUGUGUGGUUGUGUAGUGGAUGAUGUGUGUGGUUGUGUAGUGGAUGAUGUGUGUGGUUGUGUAGUGGAUGAUGUGUAUGGUUGUGUAGUGGAUGCAGUUUGUGUGUUUAUGUGGUGUAUGAUGUGUGUGGUUGUGUAGUGGAUGCAUUUUGUCUGUUUGAUGUAUGUGUGUGGUGGAUGUGUGACAAAUGCUGCUGGGAGGCAUUUUGUUUUUUUUUUUAUGUAGAAUUGUUUGUAAUUAAAAAAAAUAAAAAGAUGUAUUCCCCCCUCCCUGCCUCUUACCUGUAGUCAGGGAGGGGGGACAAUGGAUUCCCUGGUGGUCCGGUGGCUCUGCGUGUUGGGCCAGCAAGGAGGAGCCCAGCAGACUCCCUCCUGCAGCCAGGACGCGAGCCCAGCAUGCAUUGCGUGCCGCGGAGCGUUGUCAUGACAACCCGCGGCAACGCUUUACUGCUGUGGCUCGCGAGAGUGCUGGAGGGGAAGGUAAGUAUAUCCUGGGCCCGCAGAGGCAUAUAUACAUAGCGGUACUUGCUAUAUAUAUAUAAAUAUAUAUAUGCAGAUUGAAGGGCUGGGGGCCCCUGCAUGCAGAAGAUUACCUGUGCAGCCGGGCCCCCCAGGACCGCCGGGCCCGUGACAACCGUCAUGGUUGUCACCCCCUGAUGGCGGCCCUGGGAUAAAGUAAUAAGUGAACAGGACGUUUCUGCUGUUUUUAUAGUGUCCCACACUUGUUAUUAAUAUGUGAUGCAUGCUGUUCAUUAUCUAGGCUGCUUCGGAGACUAGCAGUGUAGAGGAUAUGAUUAAUAAUUUGAACCUUCAGAAAUGUACUAGAUGCCUAUGUUUUGUUAUGCAAUCACGGCGGUGUAUCUGAUAGUCAAAACUAACAUUUUUUUUUCCACAGAUCUAUUGUAGGAAUUCCCAUCUGCGAAUCUCUCAUUCAGCUCAAGCCAAGGGAAACAUAUCACAUCAGCGUCAGAGCUGUGAAUGUGGGUGGCCCAAGCGAGAGUAGCAAAUCUGUUUCAAUUCACACCACAGGUAUUCCGCUACCACUACAUCUCCUUACGGUACAUAGCAGAGUUUAAACACCAGGAAAUGCUUCAAUAACAUUCUAAUUACAUGAUUUUGCUAUUACAUGAUGAAAAGUCAUGAUUUUAAUAAAGACACGGAGGCAAGUGAAGGGGUUGCCCAUAGGUGAUUAGGAGGGCACCCCAAACCGUCUGGGAAUCUGGGAGUUAAGUAGGGAAACCAGAAAAAACAAACAGAGUGAAUAAGGAGAAUAAGUGUAUAAAUGUAAGAGAUUAUAAAACAGUGUAAAAUUGCUUCAGAGUGUAAUAAAAGGUACUUAUCUGAUGUGGAGCAGCAAAGAAAGAGGGAAUUUGGAGGGCGGACCAGGCUAUUAUACUGGACACUAGGGGGGCGUGGCCUAUGUAUGAGGCAUGCACUACCUUUUGCUUUUUCAAUUCUGUUAAUGUUCUUUGCUGCUGUUGUGGACAGUAAAGAAAGGGAUAUGCAAAUACCAGACUCCGUGUCUUGUAAUAAAAUUGCAGUAUUGUAUGCACGUUGUUAUGGAAUUACUAUAUCUGGGACACUUGUUAAAUCAAACAUGGAUAUUAAGAGCAAUGGACAGACAAUAGACAUGCAGACAGAAAGAUGGAUCUCAGCUAAUUUUACAUCUGUCUUAGAUCCAAUAGCAGAGUCAAUUGUCCAACCAUCCUGGGUUUUUACCCCCAAAAUCACUUCUAGGAACAUCAGAGAAAAGUCCUGAAAAAAAACAGAGUAUCUGAGCUCAUGGUAACAUUUUUAGAUAGAAAGGAACUUUUUUGUCUACGCUGAUUGCUUCUAAUCUAGUAUAGUAGCAUAUAAUAUUGGACAUAACAAUAUGAUGUGAAAAAGUCUCAGACUGCAUCUAUAGAUCAUAAUGUAAAUAAAAAUGAAUCUCAGUAAAUAUAAUUCAAAUCCUUUUUGUUUCAUUUCACUGCACACUAUAUGUACCAUUCACUUGUGUCUUCCUCUCUUCUUUUAGAUUAGGAAUGGUGAAUUUAUAUCCAAACCUCUCUACACUCCUUUUGUCAUAGUAUAUAGUAUAGACUAGACAUGUGCAAAUCAUUUCAAAUUGAAUUUGAUUUAAAAUAUGUGGAAAUGUCCCAAUUCUGAAAAAAACAAACAAACCAAAAACGAACAAAUUUAGAAUGAAUGGAAACAGAUUAUAUUGGAUCCAUUCGUAUUCCUAAGGAUAGAAAAUUAGGGACUUAAAAGGACACCGUGGUCACCAGAACAAUUACACCUUAUUGUAGUUGAUCUGGUGAGUAUAGUACGAGUAUAGUACUGCAGGCAUUUUAAUGUAAACACCGCCUUUUAAGAGGAAAGGCAGUGUUUACAUUACAGCCUAGGAACAUCUCUAGUGGCCACUCCUCAAACAGCCACUAGAGGUGCUUCCUGGGGCACUGCUGCACAGUGUGCAGCACUGACAUUCGGUGUCUCUGCCCUCUGCAUGCAGACACUGAACUUUCCUCAUAAAGAUGCAUUGAAACAAUGCAUCUCUAUGAGGAGAUGCUGAUUGGCUAGGGUGAUUUUUAACUCCACCCUCUGCCCCACCUCCUUGGCUGAGAUCAUCAGAAUUGAUCAACGAAUCCAAUAUUUCUGAUGAUGUAAGCUAAUCGGUGCAGGGACAGAUGCGAGAAGCCCCACUCUGCGCUGAUAAAAGGUGAGUUUUAACCCUUUUUCUUUCCUGACAGGGUGGCUGAGCGCCUAAAUAGUGAUUUUAGAAUUAAACUGUCAGGAAUCCAUAAGAAAAAGGUAACCUGCGCUCUCUCCUAAAUCCCUAUGUAUAUUUAAACAAAUGGAGGUCAUUUAGUUGCUCCAAUGGUCAUUGGAGGGAAUGCCCGCCUGCCACGUCAAGGCAGACCCCUCUCAGGUUGGUUCCUACACUGACCCUUCAGCCUGCUUCCUUGAGCUUCUGGCAAAGAUAUCUCUAAUGAGACAGAAAGGGGUAUUUUUUAUAUACACCCCUAUAUACUUAUGAACCCUUAAUAGGGAACACAUGGGAUGGGCAGCAGCAUUGUAACAUAGCUGUGUGAUACAAAAAGUGAAUACAAAUACAAAAAAACAAAACACAAGCCCUGCACUCAAACUCCCACUACUAGUAGUGGGAGUUUGAGCGCAGGAUUGGUUGUUUUUUAUUUCAAAUUUGUAUUCACUUUUUGUCCCCCAGCCCCUCAUUGCAUCUUAUCCCCCCCUUUGUCUCAUUCCCCCAUUCUCCUAUGUGUCUCAAUUCCUCCCCCCAGCUCCUCUACAUCUCAUUCCCCCAAGCCCCUCCAUGUGCUUAUUUCCCCCCAGCCGUCCAUGUGUCUCAUUUCCUCUCCCCUCUCCCCCAUGUGUCUUACCCACCAGUGUUAAUUUUGGCUGCAUAUUUCACUUUAGUUAUAGUCUUUUGGCUAAAAAGCCAUUUUUGUUUUAGUUGUAUUUUAGUCAUCUGAAUUGUUUUUGUUUUGUUUAGUCGACUAAACCUAAAUAAAAUUGUUAGUCAACAAAAUUAACACUGGUGCAACAGAGGUAGGUAAGAUGACAACAAAAUUACUUUUCAGAUGAAUAUUAAUUAUAAUAUUUUAUAUGGUGUAUUUUGCCAGCAUAAUAACAUAUUUCUUGUAUCUCUAUUGCUGGAGAUUGUAUAAACAUGCAUCUUUAAACUAUAGCAACAGACUUAAUUUUAGGCGCUUAAAUAACACCAAAUGUUGCAAAUCACAGUUUUCUUAAAUUGAACUGAGCCUUCAGCCCAUCUGGUGUAUUUAUAGAGCCACAUUGACAUAAUUACAUCAUCGUUAGUGACACUUGAGUUCACUUAGAGCUAUUUGUACAAGUUAUGCAAAUUGAAAAGCCCUUCUAGGACAUUUAAAAAAGUAAAAUAAAUUCUCAAUCUGCUGGAGCUUUGGUUGUAAAACAGCAUUUUAUUGUGGAUUUUUAUAUUAUGAAUGGUUAUAAUGUCUACGUAACUGCUCUUUCAAUUCAGAUUGCAGAUAGCCUAGUGGUUGAUGCAAAUUCUGCUAUUGCCCAAAACCACUUCAUCAUAUGCUGAAAAUCAGUCGUUUUUUCUUUAAAGGGACAUGCAUCUCUUUUAUUUAUUUAUUUUUUAACCAGCAAGCAAACACUUUUAAACAACUAUAAACUUAAUGUAAACUUGGUCAGAUUGCAUUGUUGGGCACACCUCAAAGCUAUGGUCAGUUUCUUCAACAGUCUGCAAAGCUAAAAUGAAUGAAUGAGACAGCUGUCUCAAAAUGGUGCAUACUUUAACUUCCUUAAAUUAAAAAAAAAUAUCCAUUCCAAUGUUCUAAACAAGAUCAACGAUAUACGGAGUGAUUUAUUGCGCUGUAGUGCCUGUUAAUACUUCAGGGUUGCAGGUUUAAUUACAGUCUAUCCAGUACUUCAUCUUUUGAAUCUUAAAUCGACACUAUAGGCAUCAAAACUACAUUAGCUUAAUUAAUCAGUUUUGGUGUACAGUUACAGACUGCCUCUGCAGUCUGACUCUUUAGUUUUCUAUCAAAAGGAAUAGAAGAAAUUAGACUUCGGCACGGGAGAAAUUUUUAUUUUUGUACGAAAAAAAAUGUUGUUUCGUCAGAAUCAAAUUUCAUCCAUUGACUGCAGCCGUUUAACAGAUAGCUCCCUAAAUCCCACAAGUAUUAGAGGGCUAUCUACUAAAAAGCUGAAAGACUAAAAUUGUUCUUUUAGCCAAUUUUACUAAUACUAAGUAAAAAAAUACUUAGUAUUAGUAAGUAAGGGAGGUUAUAACCUCCCUUCUACCCCUACUCAAUAUGUCAGUAGGGGCAUGUAAAUAAAGACCCUCCACCAAAUUCAAUAAAGGUGAACCUGACACAGGCCCUAUGCCCCAAAAAUGUAAAUAAUUAACAAGGGGUGUGUGUCAAACGCUCCGUCCCAUGCACGUUUGCCACAAACUCCUGGAGGAGUGUGAAAGCUGGCCUCCUGCCCACUGACUAGGGGUCCAGGUCUGAGACAUUAUUUGGGAGUUACCCUGUCCAGCCGCCAUUAUCAGCUUUCCCUGGGUGCUCCUGGUACGGCACUUUCUCUUCAUUCAAAUGGAACCGAACGCUAGCUCCCUGGCGGCCUUUCGCAUGAGCCAAACCCAUGAAUGGUCCUCAGCGGUACUUAGCUAUGGAACUAAUUUCGGCAUGAGGACUUAUAAAGCCUUCCCAUGCCAAGCAAUUUGACUCAGAGCGCUCUCAUUAGUUGGCUUAAGCCAACCAAUAAGAGUAAUCUGACAUGUAAAUCUUGAGACUUACCUGCAAGGCUCAAUAUUUAUUUUAUUAGUUCCCCUCCCUUUAUUACUUAGGGACCCCACCUGCCAGCAAUGAAUGGAAGUUGGGGGGAAACUAUAGGUUCCCCCCCCUUUUUUUCCAUGGUGCACCAAUCUGGCAGCAAUGGGUGGGGUUCCCCCCUAUAGGUUCCCCCCUUUAUUACUAAGGGCCCCCAUCUCCUGGCAAAAGGGGUGGAGGAUAGGGGCAAACAAUAGGCUCUCCCCCUUUUUUACUUGGGGCCCCAUCCAAAAUGGAUUGGAGCUGAGGGGGACACUAGGCCCAUUGUUUAGUUUAAUAGCCCUCACUCAAGGGGCACAGGUGUGGGCUAGAAGGGGACACUUUCCUAGCUGGAACCAGAGAGAAACCUCAGCGCUUCUGCCCCAGUCGCCGUGGCUCUAUCCUGGAACAGCGAUCUCCAGCACUUGAUGUGUCACAGCGUUGCCGUGGUAACACACGGUAGCGAUGUGUUUUGCCGGAGAUCGUGAGAUCUCUUUUCCAUGUACUGCAGCUCUGCAACCGGCGGAGCUGCAGACUGGAGGCAGUGGCAAAUUACACGGAGGGGUCUGGCACCCGGCGGCAUACCAGGCAAGCCGCGGGGAACCCACCUGGUGUCGGCCCUCGGUCCCUCAGUCAGCCAGGUUAAUCACCGGUUCGGCGAAUGUGUUACAUUUUAGUAACAGGUUGUCGAGAACCGACUGAAUCCCCCCACCGGUCAUCUCAUGCCGAAAACAGUUCCAUAACAUUCGCGGCUAAGUACCGCUGAAGAAACCUCAGGAGUGCCUGGAUAUUUCUUUCUUCCAUCUGGUGUCUCCAUAGAUUGGCCCUCCCUUUCUGGAGUACCCUGCACGAAGUAUUCCCUUUUUUUAGUGUGUGCAGUAUACAUUUGUUUGCAUUGUUUUGCAAACAACUGUAGUUGGAUUAUUUUUCAUGGUCGGGAUUGAUACUUUUUUUUUGCAUGUUUUUUUUUUGCUUUCGGGUCUUUUUUAAUUUUAUUAAUUUGACAGGAUUUACCCCCACAGAAUAACUUCCUACACAUUUACACACUGCACACACACACACUGCACCCACAUAAGCACACACUGCACCCCUCUCUCACACACAGAUACACAUUGCACCCUUCACACACACACACACACGCAGACUGCCUCCCUCACACGCACACUGCACCUUUCACACACACACACACACACACUGCACCAUUCACACACACACACUGCACUCCUCACAUACACACACAAACUGUGCCCCUCACUAGGGGAGGGCUGGCAGCCUUAGGCCUGGAGGCCAAAUCCAGUCAAGUGGCCCAUUGCACCACCGAAUCAGCUCACCAUCCAUGACCACUUUUUCCUGGUUUUAUAAUGGAUAUAGGUGUAGUCCAUGUAUCAAGCACGUUUUGUAUACAGCGAUGGGAUUACCAUCCCAUACACCGUUACCAGGGCUUGACAAAUUUAAUUGGAAUCUAGAAGCCAGCUAAAAAAGUUAGGUGUAAAGUUUUCAAUGUCAAAACUAAAAUUUUGAAGGGACACUGUAGUCACUAGAACUACUACAACUUAAUGUAGUUGUUUUGGAACCUUUAUCCUGUCCCUGCAUGCUUUUUAAUGUAAACACUGACUUUUCAGAGAAAAGGCAGUGUUUUUAUUGCUGCCUAGUAGUGGUUGUAGUCUUUAGUAGUGAUCGGACCCUGGGCAAGCAUCUGCUUGGGCCCUGUGGAUCCUGCCCCCCCCAUGGCAUCAAUCCAACCUCUCCCCCUCACCCCAAAACAAAAACAAAAAGCACACACACACACACAUAUAUAUAUAUAUAUAUAUAUAUAUAUAUAUAUAUACACACAUAUAUAUAUACACACAUAUAUAUGUUAAACACAAUUAUAUAGCUGGUUUAUAAAAUAUAUAUAUAUAUAUAUAUAUAUAUAUAUAGCUGGUUUAAAUUAUGAUUUUAUAUAUAUAUAUAUAUAUAUAUAUAUAGCUGGUUUAAAUUAUGAUUUUAUAUAUAUAUAAAAAUAUAUAUAUAUAUUUGGUUUAACUUUUUGAUAUAGAUAUAGAUAUAUAUAUAGAUAUAUAUACGAAAACAAGGGGCUGGCUGCACUCACCUGAACAUGCUUAAAUGGGGUGCUGCUGGGGGCCAAUAAGUACAGUAAAAGUGAAAAUCCAGCGCACUCCCUUAUCUACUAAACAGCUACUUUGGUGCUGACAGAUUUUGCUAGUUUUAUUAAAAACACCUAAUCUAGGCAAAAAAAAUAAUGGGGAUUUAGUUACAUUAUAUGAUCAAACAUUGCGUAAUGUUAAUUUUUACUAUAUAUAUAUAUAUAUAUAUAUAUAUAUAUAUACUUUAUCUACUUUAUAUACUAUUUAUGAAAUAUAAAUAUUAUAUAAACCAGCCAUGAUUUUUAUAUAUAUAUAUAUAUAUAUAUAUAUAUAUAGUAUUUAUAUAAGUAUAUGCUGGGGGGGCUGUGUAGGUGCUGGGGGUGCCACAGAGGAGGCUUGGUGGGUGGCUGGGGGUGCCAGAGAAAGGCUUGGUGGGUGGCUGGGGGUGCCAGAGAAAGGCUUGGUGGGUGGAUGGGGUGCCAGAGAAAGGCUUGAUGGGUGGCUGGGGGUGCAGAGAAAGGCUUGGUGGGUAGCUGGAGGUGCCAGAGGGGAGGCUUCGUGGGUGGCUGGACUGGGGAUGCUGAGGGUUGCUGUGUGUAGCUGGCCGAGGGGCUGCACAUACCUGUGUCCAAUACGCGUUGGAAUGGCUGCACACAUGGGAGGGAGGUGGAGACUGCCACCGCAGUCACAGUGAGGCCCUAGCGUGACUGUCUUUGUCCUAGACGUCACGCCACAUGUAGGGGAGGAGUGGAGGAGAAGUGAUUGCUGACAGGCAGCCUGGCGUGAGUGCUAAACGUGCUCAUAAAAAAGAUAUUGCAGGUGUAACACAGGCACCUGGCAACCCACGCAGCCCUGGAUAUAGGGCAGCCUGGGGGGCAAUUGCCUCCCUUCCCCCCGUCCCAGCCCGCCCCUGCCCCUCACAUGCACGCUGCACCCUUCACACGCACACUUCACCCUUCACACACACACUGCACCCCUCACACACACGCUGCAUCCCUCACACAAGCACGCUGCACCCCUGACACGCACACUGCACCCUUCAAACGCACUCACACUGCACAAUUCACACUGCACUCCUCACAUACACACACACACUGCACCCCUCACACACACACACUGCACCCUUCUUACACACACUGUAUCCCUCACACACCACACCUCUCACUCACACACUUUACUCCUCACACACACACACUGCAACCCUCACACGCACACUGCGCUCCUCACACGCACAUUGCGCUCCUCUCCUCACACGCACACUGCACUCCUCACACGCACACUGCGCUCCUCACACACACACUGCACCCUUCACACACACACUGCACCCCUCACACACACCAUAACCUUUACUCACACAUUGCACCCCACACAUCACACUUACUACUACCCCUAUCCCCUACUAUAGUCCCUUUCCCUUAGGACAGCUCCUAUCCUGGCAGACCGAGGUAAGGUGUCAAACUGUUCUUAAAUGGUUUGACUACUUACUCUUGGAGUGUGCAAUGGCACUCCAGGCACCAUAACCAAUACAAAGAGCUGUAGUAGCUAUUGUGCCUGGAAGGUUCCUACCAGUGCCCCUCCCAAAAUUAGGUUCUGAAUCCGCCCCUGCUGGAGGAGGGGAGGAAAUGGGGAAUGGUCUGUAUGAAGGAUUGGCAUGUCAGCCUGGAAUGAAUGUGCUCCAGACUGCGCGUCAAUCAUCAAGGCUGGCCCACUGAGUGCAGACAACGCAGAGAGCACUGUUUUAGAGCUCCUUGCAGGAUCCUGGGUGUAGCAUAAGUGCAAGCAGGUUGAAUUAUGUGAUCACACUACACUUUUUUGAGAAUAGUUGUUCCCUGGUGGCCCCAAAAGCUAUACAAAAAGGAACAAAGUGUGAUGGUAAGACAGGACCCCAAAAUUGUGUAUGUCGGGAGGUAUGGUACUCUAUGAGCAGCGUUUGAUCAAGAAUAGAGUCUGACUUAGUUCUCACGGUAAAAGUACCUCUAGAAGUAUGCUUAACCCUGUGUUUUACUCUGCAAUUUAACCCCUUCAGGACGGGUGACGGACAAGGUCCGUCAUCCAGGGGAAACCCUUAACAACGGGUAACCUGGCUGACUGAGGGACCGAGUUAACAUGGACACAGCGUAAAACUUCGAAGUUAGAAAAAAACUGAAUGGCUGUGUCUCAAAUGUGCCCCUUCAACAUCCACAUAUACCUGGCAAAGGUACAUACGAGGGUAUUGCUGUACUCAGACGACAUAGCUGAGCAACAUAUGUAGUAUUAUACAGUCGUAGCACACAUAAGGUUUGCAAAAUAUACUGUGCAAACUCACUUUGUGUGUCAAAAAGGCAGAAAAAAUGCUUAUUACCACUACACUUGGUACAAGCUAGCGGAAAAAUGAUCCCACGCUAAGGUUCAAAAUAUGCCUUUUGAAAUACCCUUGGAUGUGUUCUUUAAGAAAUGGCAUGGCUAUAUGGUGUAUUUGGAUUAUAAAGCCUGGUAAAAUACUCUAAAAUGGGGAUGGGCACAGCGUAAAAAUUUAAAGUUUGAAAAAAACUGGAAUGGCUGUGUCUCAAAUGUGCCCCUCCGAUGUCCACAUAUACCUGGCAAAGGUACAUAUGGGGGUAUCCUUGUACUCAGACGACAUAGCUGAGCAACAUAUGAAGUAUUAUAGAGUCGUAGUACACAUAAGGUUUGCAAAAUAUACUGUGCAAACUCACUUUGUGUGACAAAAAGGCAAAAAAAUGCUUAUUACCACUACACUUGGUACAAGCUAGCGGAAAAAUGAUCCCACACUAAGGUUCAAAAUAUACCUUUUGAAAUACCCUUGGAUGUGUUCUUUAAGAAAUGGUAUACCUUUAUGGUGUAGUUGUAAUAUGUAGCCUGCUCAAAUGCUCCAAAGUAGGACACGGACGCAUCAAAACCCUCCGUGAAAAUUCACACUUAAAAACCUGAAUUUGUCACAUCUCUUUUACAGCACUGUAACUUCACAAAAUAGUGUCUAGGUCAUACAAUGGGCAUAUCGUUUUACUCAGAAGACUUAGCUGAGCAUAAUUUGGGGGUUUUAACUUAGUGGCACAUAUGAAAUAUACAAAAUGCCCAGCAAAAAUGUAAUCCGUAUGUAAAAAAUGCCCAAAAUUAUUUUUUAACACAUACUUUGGCAUAUAUUGGUGAAAAAAUGGGGGCAUGUUAAGGCACCAUAUGAGAUACUCUGAAGUGUCUACUUUUACAAAUGGUAGGCCUUUGUGUUUUUUUUUUAAACAGUCAAACUGCUAUAAUACCCCAAAUUGAAGCAUAGGCCCAUUAAAUCCGUCUCUCAAAAUUCUACUGUAUAUACUGAAAAGGACAGGUCUCCUAUAUGGCACUGUAGCUUCACGAAAUAGUGCCAAAGAUAUACAAUGGGGGUAUCGUUGUACUCAGCAGAUGUAGCUGAACACAAAAUAAAGUUUUGUACAAAAAUAGCACAAACCAACUUUACAAAAUACACAUGAGAAGUUCUUUGUUAUAGGUUUGUGCGCCAAAAACCAAAAAAAACCCCCAAAUUUUACUCCAAUAUUUAUCAGAGAUUGGCGGUGAAAUGGCUACGUAGAAAGUGUCAAAACAAUCUUAGGUAAAUAGCCCGUGAUGUCUACUUUAUAUAAAUAUAUACUUUUGUGUGGCAAUUUUGUUUUCUUUUAUGGCUAUUAAGCUUACAAGACAAACAUACCAAAUUCUAAAAUCGCUCCAAAUUAAAAGUUUAUUUUACUCCUUGUGCUUUGUGACCUGUAACUACCAAAAAAACUUAAAAUCCCUGACACAUUAUAUAUUCUGUAAAUCAGAACAACUCAAUGAAUUUAUUUUUAAUUACUUUCUUUAACCUGCACUAAUUAUGCACACAUUAUUAUUGCAAAAACUGUUUUUUUAUAAUAAAUAUAUUUAUAGCAUUUAUAUAUUUAUAUAUUAUAUAUAUGUUACAUCAAAUUAAAGCCCUUUCUGUCCUUUAAAAAACAGUAUAUAAUAUGUGUCGCUGCAAUAAACGAGAUGCAAAUUGCAGUUGAACGCAAACAGCAAGAAAAUGCAAAAAUUGUGUCAUUAAGCGUAAGACAAGGUUCUGAAGCUGUGUCCUUAAGGGGUAAAACAAUAGAGGCACUGUACCCACACCCUUUUAUUAAGAUGCAGUUAUCUGGGUGCAUUUUCUUGUACAUUUAAGCAUGAUUGUUAUUGGUGGCUUUGUAACUGGUUAAGGCUCAUUGAAAAAUCAGACUAAUGAUAAAAUAUACACGGUGAAUUACAAAAAUCCUGAAUUUUCAAAAUGAAUUUCUAAUUUUAGAAUAAAGAGGAGAAACUUUCCAAGUGCCUACUUUGGCAUAAAAAUGUAUAUCCACUUUGGAUUCCAGACAAUUCCCAGCUUAGGAAAUAACCCUGUACAUUUUAUCAUCUGUCUUCUGUCUGAGUUUUCAAUGUGCCUUACCAAUUACUAAGUUACCAAUUACUUGUAGUCAGUUGCUGCCACCAUUUUGUUACCACACUUGCUAGUAUAUAUUUUUUGCUUAUUUGAGAAAAUACAGUCAUCACAUGCUGCAGGUAACAAAGGUUGUUACAGCUUAAAUUCCAGAACAACCAUCACAUGUAUUGACUCUAGGUAUUAAUAACUCACAUCAUGCACCAGUGCUGAAAUAAAGGUGCAUAACAGAUUUCUAUUUCUUCACCCAAAAAAUGUAUUUUUUUAUUUUUCUAAUUCAGUAUUAACCCCUUCAGGACCGCUGACAGUUCAGGACCGUCAGCGGUAAAAUGUGCGUUUGGACCGCUGACAGUCCUGAACCGUCAUAGCGAAAAACGGGCUGUGGGAAGCGAUCAAAGAUCGCUCACGCCGGUAUAACGCUAAAAUUAUCUGCCAGACAUCCCAGGCAGAUAGUAACAGCCAAUUGUGGCGUGUGAGCGAUCCGCGAUCGCUCACAAUUGGCUGCUGUCAAAAUGGGUGUUACAAACACUUACUUUGACAGUGAUCUCUGCCCCUCUCUCCUCUGUUGCGUUUUGUGAGGCGAGAGAGACAGAGAUCGUGAUAGUUUGUUGCAGCAAAAGUGUUCCAGAGCUUUAUACAGUAUCUAAAGUGAAUACAAAAUCCUUUUUAAGCACUUCCCUGCCAGAUCUGUUACAGCAGUGCAUUUGUACUGUCUGUAUUUAUUUUUAUUUUUUUGCCCUUAAAGGGUUGGAUUUGUUUUAAAAAUUUGUGUCUUGGUCUGUUAUGGUCUGUCUUGGUCUGUCAGUCAGUCAGCUUCCUUCCCUCAAAUCUCCAUUAGAUUUUUGUGACAGGAGUUAGUUUAGGGAUUGCUGUUUAGUCUGUUUUAGUGAAAAAAAAAAAGUAUACAUUUUUUUUUGUGUCUUUGUAAUUUGUUUUAGUCGUGUGUAAAACAUGCAGCGUAUGUAUAACUUGCAGGAGGCAUAUGCCUUCUUGGCAUCAGACUCUGACGCCACUGACACUGCGUCAGAUUUUGACACAGGUCUGUUUUCUGACACAUCUAGUCAAGACGACGUCAUCUGUGUGAGAGCCGGCUGAAGAAAGAAGCUGUGCUUCCUCUGCUACGCCGAAUGUGGAGGAGGACUGGGUACCUCCACAGUUAGCCGAGCCCAACGCAGGCAUUAAUGUUAAUGUGGAUGACUUCUCCCCAAUGCAGUAUGUAGAACUUUUUUUAGGGGAUACCAUCUGGGAGGAGAUUGCUUCCCAGACUAACUUGUAUGCUACCCAAUUUAUUGAUAACAAUCCAGGUAGCUAUACAGUCAGGGAGCAUGACUGGCAUCCCACAGAUGUUCCAGAGCUUAAAAAAUUCUGGGCUCUUACAAUGCUCAUGGGGAUUAUAAAGAAGCCAUCGAUUCGCUCAUACUGGAGCACCAACCCAAUAAUGUCUAGUCCAGUAUUCGCCCAAACCAUGCCUAGAGCCAGAUACGAGUUACUGCUGAGAUUUUUACAUUUCAGUGACAAUAUCCUCUGUCACCCUAGAGAUCACCCCCAAUACGAUAGGACAAAUUUUCGGAUGUUUAUACCCCCCAACAAAAUUUAUCCAUAAAUUAAUCUCUAAUGAAAUACAAAGGGAGAUUAGGGUUCAGACAAUACAUCCCCUCAAAGCGCUUGGUAUGGCAUAAAAAUGUACAAACUGUGCGAGAGCGAAAGUGGAUACACGUUUGCCUUUCGUGUAUAUGAGGGGAAAGAUGGUCAACUGGACCUUCCUGACUGUCCUGACUCCCUGGGGACAAGUGGGAAACUUGUAUGGGACCUACUAAACACCUUGUUUAAUAAAGGUUACCACCUUUAUGUGGAUAAUUUUUAUAGUAGUGUCUGUCUGUUUAAACCAUUUAUGGUUUACAGACACUGGCCUGCGGCACUGCCAGAAAAAAUUCCAAAGACUUUCCACGAUCUCUCAUAGAGGCAAAAUUUAAAAAAGGCGAAUGUAAAGCACUUUGCAAAGCUGAAGUGCUUGCACUAAAAUGUAGGGACAGGAAGGAUGUCAACAUGCUAACCACCAUCCAUGUCGAACACAUGUCAGACGUCUCUGUCCAGGGCAGAGUAGAGUCCAAACCAGUUUGCAUCAGGGCGUAUAAUAAGUACAUGGGGGGGGUGUUGAUUUGGCUGAUCAGCUGACGCAGCCAUAUCUUAUUUCAGGAAAAACCAAAGCAUGGUAUAAAAAGGUGGCUAUCUAUCUGAUGCAGAUAGCAACCCACAACUCAUUUUUGCUUUUUUUAAAAAAAAUAAUCCAGGGAAAACUACCUUUCUCCAAUUUCAGUUGAAAAUAAUUUCUUUAACAAUUUAUGGAGAUGGACAAGUUCCAACAACGGUGCAAGCUGAGUCCAGACAUUUUAUUUUUAAGUUACCGCCAACUGCUAGAAACCCCCCCCCCAGAAACGUUGCUGGGUCUGUUUUAAAAACGGGAAAAGGACAGACACCCCUUUUCACUGUCCUGAUUGCCCUUCAAAACCAGGACUGUUUGUGGAAACAUGUUUCAAGCUGUACCACACAGAACAGUUGUAAGAAGUGUUUCUGAAUUUUUUUUUUUUUCCUUUGGAAAGCCGCCAUUUUUUAUUAGUCAGUUUCCUUCCCCCAAAUCUCCAGUUAGAUUCUAUUUGCAGCAGUCGGUUUAAAGAUUGCUGCUAAAUGUACAUUUGCUACCUGCACAUUUGGUCUAACAAGUUUUCUGGCAGUAACACAUAACCAGCUGGCCAAAACCAGAUGACGUGUGCAUAAAAACCAGAAUUAAAAAAUUACCACUACACUUUCUUUGGGGGGCAAAAUGGUUGGGGGAAAGAAGUCAAAACACCCCAUCUUCUAUAACCUUUGAUGUCCACUUUAUAAAAAUAUAUACUAUAUAUACUGUCAUCAUGGUAACAUUAACUGGGGGGUGCAAAAAUAUGUCAAACUGAAGAUAGACCAAGCAUACCUAUAUAUCAAGUUGAAAAACUGGCAUGUACAAGUUCUGAUUGUUGCCUUUUGGCCCCAAAACAACCCAGCAACCCUAUACAUGGGGGGUAUCACUGUACUCUGGAGAUGUUGCUGAACAUAUUGGGCAGUGUUUGACAGUGACACAUAACAGGAUCUGUUAAUUCAUGCCUAAAGUACAAUGUGUGUGACAAAGAAACAAAAAAGAUUACUACCCAAAAGUUUGACAAAGGCUGGUGGUAGAAUUCAGUGCAUGAAAAGUGUUAAAAUACCACGAUUUAAAAUACCCUGGGUUGUUUACUUUUCAAAAAUAUAUGGUUUGAUGGGGGUAAAAUACAUUGGCUCAAAUGGGACAUGGGCGCAGGUUGAUUACAUGUCAAAAUUCCAAGUUGGGAAACUGAUAAGCGCACCUGCCAAACGUAGCCUUUUAGCCCCCAAAGAACCCGACAGGCCUAUGAAUGGGUGGUAUCACUGUAUUCAGGAGAUCUUGCUGAACACAUAUUGGGGUGUUGUUUGGCAGUGACACAUAACAGGAUCUGUUAAUUCAUGCCUAAAGUACAAUGUGUGUGAAAAAAACAGAAAAAAAAUUACUAACUAUGUUUGACUAAGCCUGGUGGUAGAAUUAGUGCAUGGAAAGUGUUAAAAUACCACCAUGUGAAAUACCCUAGGGUGUCUACUUUUCAAAAAUAUAUGGUUUGAUGGGGAUAAAAUACAUUGGCCGGCUUCAAAAAUGUGCCAAAUAGGACAUGCAUGCAGGUUGCCUACAUGUUAAAAUUCCAAGCUGGAAAACUGAUAUGCGCACCUGCAAAGUGUGGCCCUUAAGCCCCCAAACAACCCAACACAUCUAUACAUGGGGGGUAUCCCUGUACUCGAGAGAUGUUGCUGAACACAUAUUGGGGUGUUGUUUGGCAGUGACACAUAACAGGAUCUGUUAAUUCAUGCCUAAAGUAUAAUGUGUGUGAAAAAAACACACACAAAAAAUUACUAACUCAAUGUUUGACAAAGCCUGGUGGUAGAAUUAGUGCAUGGAAAGUGUUAAAAUACCACCAUGUGAAAUACCCUAUACCCUAGGGCAGGGGUAGGCAACCUACGGCACUAGUUUGUGGUAAAAUGGCUGCAUAGAAAGUAUCAAAAUAUUUGUAGAUGAAUACCCUGGGUUAUCUAGUUUAAGAAAAAUAUGUACAUGUGGGGUGUUUUUUUGGGAGAUUUAUGACAUAACAGUGUUACAAUGUCACUAAACUCAGGACAAAAUUUUGAAUCUAUUUAGCAGUUUGUUUCAUUCGAUUUUGUAGAUCAGUAAAAGAUUUUUUAAGUAAAAGUCAAAAACAUGUUUUUUUUAUUUUUCACCAUAUUUUAUUAUUUUUUAAAUUAAAUUAUAUGACAUGAUAAAAAUAAUAGUAUGUAAAGAAAGCCCUUUUUGUCCUGAAAAAAAUAAAUAUAAUUUGUAUCGGAACAGUAAAUGAUAGAGUGGAAAAUUACAGCUAAACACAAACACCACAAAAGUGUUAAAUAGCUAUGGUCCUUAACAUACAAACAUCGCAAAAACAGUCCGGUCCUGAAGGGGUUAAACUAUGUGGAUUAUAUUUUAGGUACAUUUUUUCAUCUGAAUGAAGACACAGCUCACCCUCUUUUGUCUAUUUCUGAUAAUGGAUUUACAUUAUCGUGUGAUGUGGAAGAAAGCCUAGCAGAUUUACCGUACACUUGCAACACUUUCACAAGGUAAGGAUUCCAACCCACCAAUAUCAAUAAUGUCCUCAUUAAGUCCUCAAUUAAUCUCCACGUAACUCAUAUAUUCUGUCUCUGAAAUAGGGUUGCCAUUUGCCACCUUUCUUGUGAAAAAUUACCUGCCAUGCUAAUUUGCAGGAUUAAUUAGAUAUUCAUGUCAUCAUAGGGAGUGACAUAAGAAAAUAAAAUACAUUUGGAAGGGGAGAAUUCUCUUAUAAUGGCAGCUUGGGGGCAGCCUCAGCACAUAGUAACAAAAAUACUACCUUUUGCAUAGCUGGUAUUUUUGCAAUACAGGUCAACCAGCCUCAAAUACUGUCUGUGGUGUAAAAUACCAUCAGGUGACUACACUACUCUGAACGGAUUUCAAUUUUUACCUUGUCCUGCGAUUUCCUUGGUUUGCUGCAAACAAACCACAGCAAAUGAUUCUGUGUAGGACAAUGUAGACCUACACUAUCUACCCUCUAUAUCCACCUUGUAAAUAGACUCCUUCAGCAGACAUGCAUAUACUGUUUAAGUCUGAGAAGCCUCAUUUGCAUAUCCUCACCCAUAAUGCUUAGCUGCUGUAGUUUUACUGCAUAUUGAGGAAACUAUUUUCUUUUCUUUCUUGGCCAGUCACAGGACUAACAGCAUAGGUGACUUGAGAUUUCUUCCAGUUUGGCUAUUUUGGCCUUAGAUUUGGAAUUUACUUGAAAUCCCCACUAUAGUGAAUAACCCGAUAAUGCACUACAAUUUGGAAGUUGGGAAACAACCAUGUCUGUCCCGGAUGAUAGAACAAAUGUUUAAUCUGGUCAGUUUGUCUGUAAAUUGCUAUUUUAUUUUUUUACAAAGUCAGUAAGGUAAAUAUAUUCAGUGCUAAUUUCUCAAUGAGCCGGAGUCAUGUCCUAUAUAACAAUCCAUUUUAAUUCUUGGUGUUAUGGAUUUGCAGAUAUUAAUUCUGAGAAUGACACAUAGUAACGCAGUUCUUAUUGGCUUUAUAUUCUACAGAUGCAUUGCUGUUAUGGCAAAUCUCAUCCCAUACAAAGGGAAGCAUUACUGGGAGGUGGAGCUGGACGAACACACAGAAUACCGGGUGGGAGUUGCCUAUGAUGAUACAAACAAAAAUGGACUAAUUGGUGGCAAUAAUACAUCUUGGUGUUUCCGACAUGUUCUCACACCAGCCAGGUACACAAUAAAUCUUUGUGUGAACGCUAUGGCUGUUUUCCCUCACGUGGCAUCUUAUAAACCAGUGUUUCUCAACCUUUUACAGAUAAGUACCACUGCAGGUCUAAAAAUAUUCCUAAGUACCCCUGCCUGGAGAAAGUAAUUCUAUUGAUUUAAAUUCCAAAUGAAAGUGUAGACAUUGAUAUCUAAGUGAAUACCAUAUUGGAGAACAAGCCUGAUUAAAGGUGGUAAAGAAUAUUUUUAAAAUAAAUGUGACAUAAUUUGAAUAUUGUGUAUGAAAGGAGGAGUAUAUGAAGUAGUAACCUUAAGUAUAAACGUCAGAAAAUGAAAAUAUAAUAUGCACUAGGUACACACAGAGGUCACUGAAAUACAUAAACAAACGCACACACACAGCAGACACUGACAAACACGCAUACACAUUUACAAACAGAGGACACUGUCACAUGCUUACACACAGAGGACACUGACACACACAGUUACACACAGUGGACACUUUUACACACACACACUUACACACAUUUACACACAGAGAACACUGACACGCACAUACACAUUUAUAUACAGAGGAUACUGACACACACAUUUACACACAUAGGAAACUGACACACACAUUUAAAAACAGAGGACAUUGACACACACCAUCACUGACAGACACAUUUACUGACACACACACACAUUCAAUAACAGACAUACAUCUCUGCUGUAUCAGCCUCAUGGAGAGGGCCUUGUGAACUUGAUGUUAAACUGCUAGAGAGCUGCUUUUAAUGAAUGCACAACUUGCCAGUUCCUGAAAAAUCGAACAGGCUUUUAUUUCUAUCUUAUGAACAACACUUAGUAGGUUAGUUUAAAGAAACACUAACCUACUAAGUGUAUUCCUGAACCUAUAGUGUUAAAACACCAUCUAGCCCCCCUGGGGUGCAGUGUAUUUAUUGGGGGGCAGUGUGUGUGAGGGGUGCAGUGUGUGUGUAUUGGAAGGCAGUGUGUGUUUGUUGGGGGGCAGUGUGGGUGUAAGGGGGUCAGUGUGUGUGUAUUGGGGACAGUGUGUUUGUGUAUGUGUUGGGGCAGUGCUGUGUGUGUAUUGGAGCAGUGUGUGUGUUUAUUGGGGACAGUGUGUGUGUAUUGGGAGCAGUGUGCGUGUGUGUAUUGGGAGCAGUGUUGUGUGUGUAUUGGGGAGCAGUGUGUGUGUGUGUGUGUGUGUAUUGGGGCAGUGUUUGUGUAAUGGGGCAGUGUGUGUGUGUGUUUGUGUAUUGGGGCAGUGUGUGUAUUUAAGGAGGGUGUGUGAGUAUUGGGGGGAAGUGUUGUGUGUGUAUUGGGGAGCAGUGUGUGUGUAUUGGGGAGCAGUGUGGGCAUUGGGGCAGUGUGUGUGUAUUGGGGGUAGUGUGUGUGUGUGUAUUUAGGGAGGGUGUGUGUAUUGGGGGUAGUGUGUGUGUGUGUGUGUGUGUAUUGGGAAGAGUUAUUGGGGGUUGGAGGGCAGAUAAAUAAAUAUAGUCUUUUUUGUUUUGUUUUUUUAAUUUAAAUAAAUAAUUUUUAUAUCCCCCUCCCUUCUUACCUUUGCUGAGGGAGGGGAGGUAUUUCCUGUAAUCCCUGGUGGUCUGGUGGAUCACUGGUGAUCCUAGUGGUGAGAGUGAACUCUAGCCUGCAGCUCCUGAGGAUGUAAAGUAGAUCAGUAUUGCUGGAUGGACAAAAGUUAGGCUAAAGUGAUGACCAGAUGAGGAGCUCAAACAGAACACGUCUGGUCGCCAUGAAUGUCAGGCCCAACCCCCCCUCCUUAGCCUUUUAUUCAUCAUUUUGAAAGGAGAAAAGUAAGAGCGCAAUUACAAUAAACUCUUUUUGCCACCAUAUUUACCAAAACAUUAUGGUGUGCUAGUUGGCUCAGUAUCUCAUCUAUGCUGUCAGAGAAUUCCCCUUUGGGAGCCUGAUAGCUGAAUUGCAGACUAUUAAUAGUUACAGUAUUUUGAACUUUGAAAUUGAAAUUGAACUUUGUUAUAUUCAUUAAUCUUCUGAUAACGCGCAUGAUGUAUCAAUUUCAUGAAUUUCAUUAUUUAUUAACAGGCACAAAUAUGAAUUUUUACAUUGUGGAAUGUCACCAGAUAUUCGUAUUACGGUGCCACCAACGAGAAUUGGAAUCUUGCUGGACUACGACCAUCAGAAAUUGUCAUUUUAUAACAUGGAGAUUCUUCAGCACCUGUUUACAUUUGACUGCCAUUUUCAACACUUAGUGCAUCCAUGUUUUGCUCUUGAAAAACCAGGAACUUUAAAGAUCCAUAACGGUAUCCCUAUACCUCAUUCUGUGAAUUUAUUUUGAGAUUGGAGAAUAAAGUUUGUACAAUACUAUUAUCAUCGAGUUAAUGAUAGUCCUUUUCAUUUUAGCAAUCUGAUUAUUUACCAUGAUUACUCUUAAGGUCCUACAUGGAAAUGAAUCAACGUAAAAUCACAUCAUCAUUAGUGAUGUCCCGAACGGUUCGCCGAACGGUUCGGGAACGGUUCGCCACGGACUCAUCAUUGAGUAAACUUUGACCCUGUACCUCACAGUCAGCAGACACAUUCCAGCCAAUCAGCAGCAGACCCUCCUUCCCAGACCCUCCCACCUCCUGGACAGCUCACUAAGAAUGCAGCUUCACAAUGAAUGUAAAAUGGAUGCUGUCCAGGAGGUGGGAGGGAGGGUCUGCUGCUGAUUGGCUGGAAUGUGUCUGCUGACUGUGAGGUACAGGGUCAAAGUUUACUCAAUCAUGAGUCUGUGGCAAACCGUUCGUGGCGAACCGUUCGGCGAACCGUUCGGGACAUCACUAAUCAUCAUCAAUUUAUUAAUUUUUCAUCAAAUCAGUUCAAAGCAAUAUUCUCAACAGGUUAACAUUAUUUCUAUCUAUUCAAGCUAACUAAGUUCCGCUGGGAUUGUGCUUGAAGAUCUGCAGCUUUUCAGCCUUUGGUAGGCUAUCACAGUGAUAUGAAUUUAUGUAUUUAGAAAAGGCACAUUUAAAGGAAGACUGUAGGCAGUUUAACAACGUCAUCUUAUUGAAGUUAUUAUAGCUUUUAAAUUGCAAUUGCGAUGUCAUGAAAAAUGUAAUUUAAAGUGGAAAUAUUGCAAUUUCUAAACAUAUUCCAAAUAAAAACGUUGAAUUUAUUUAAUCCCACGUGUCCUUCCAUCCCCUUUUUAUUAUUUUUCUUUUCUCUUUUUGCAGUGACUUUCACAUGCUUCUUUUUCUUUUCUUGUUUUUUUUUGUUUCUCUAGCUACUCCCUGCUGUAUAUGUUUGCGAUAGGUCAUGUCUGUUUUUUUAAAUAUCAAACCCUGUGAAAAAUGAGUCUUCAUUUAAACCUGUGCUAGUAUUUCUUCCAUGCAAGCUUAGAUUUAAUCUGUUUAUUGUUAAGUAUCUUGGUUUGGAACCUUAUUGAAAUCUUAAUGUCUACGUGCUUAUGUGUUUUUUAGUUAUCUUUCCGUCCGUAUAAGUCCUUUUUACUUGUUGUGAAUAAAGCAUAUAAAAACAAAAA